AUGCAGCCGCCGCCGAGGAAGGUGAGUGAUCUCCAGAGUCCGUUAUGUUUUUAGCUGGGCUGUAACAAUGACUGAUAACGGAGUGGUAUUAACCUUUAGCCGUGCGCUCUGGAAACCGCAAAGAAAAGCUUUUAACGCUGCAGGCUGAAGACACUAAAAAGGGGGGUUAGAAAAUACCUUUGCUAGCUAGCGUUAGCAGCAUUCGCUAGCUAGGUUAGUCGGUAACCCAGUGACAUUAAUAUGCAUCUGUCCAGCCGUUAGAGCGCGAGCCGUCAGGCGUCAAAAAACGUUAGCCGUUAAACGCUAGGUGUGCUAACCUGGAACGUUUAAUUCACAUUUAGCAGAAGAGAAACUGAGUUAGUGAAAUAGAAAAUUUGUUCCCUUUUUAAAACGUUUUCGUUAAAACCUUUAACUUCAACUAUAAAGCAAAGCGCAGUAUAAUUCGUCCCUUGACUUGUAGCACAGUAGUACCAACGCCACCUUAUAAACACAGUUCGUGUGUCUGUGAAAAAGCAUGAGUCGUUUUCUGCUGAUUCUGUUAUGGUGACAAUGUGUCAACAGUCGCCCAGACAGCGUAACAAAAGCUGUCGUUUUCCCCACCUUGAGAUGCUUACUUCUCAUUGGAAGACCUUCGCUUUAACCAGGGUCACAUCAUAUUAAGCAAAACUAAGCCGACCCGAGCCAAACACACAAAACCCCACAUGUUAGCACGCAGAUAUCCUGUCCACAUUAUUGAUUUUGUAUGGGCUGGGAAAAGACCAAAGUCUCCCAAAGCCUAGCACCGUGUGUGUGUGUAUGUUUAUGUGAGCAUGAGUGGAUGUUGCUUUUCUCCUCUGUGUGUGUGUGUGUGCCCUGAAAUAGAUGCCCAAGAGCCAAUUAGCCGGUUGUGAACCUCUGCACAGUUUUCUCUUAAUUACCACAUAUUCCCCCUGUGCCAUUUAUGCUCAGGUUUCUCCUCACAGACUGGCCUUUAACAUGUCAUAUCAUGUCCCUAGCACACACACACACACACACACACACACACACACACACACACACACACACACACACACACACACACGAACAGACACUUUCACCAUAGAUGCUGUAGAGAUGAUCUCAGUGAUGAUUGAACAGCUGUUUUCAACCCUCUCACUACAUGAUCAAGCGCACCUUUACGGCCAUAUUCAUCCUGUUUUUAGAUCUCAUUUGUCAGCUGUCAGUGUUUAACCCUUUCGAUUUACAGUGAAGUACUUCCAGGAAUAAAAGAGAAUUUGUAAAUUACUAAUGUGUUACUGCCUGCCAAUGCGGCUGGCACACUCUGUAUAUUCAGCCUGCAGCACCAUAGCCAGAGUGUAUCAGUAUUUGGCUGUGAGAUACUAAUAAUUUCCCUCCCAGUGCAACACGUACAGCCCCGUAAGUGUUUUGUCUAUGUCUCAGCACAUCUGCUCACAUAUUGAGCUCAUUUGCCUCUCAUAUAUUGGUUUUAUGUGGCUUAAAUUAAAGAUGGUUGCUAAUGAGGUGACAUAGGAUGAUACAAAGCUACAUCUAUCUAUCUAUCUAUCUAUCUAUCUAUCUAUCUAUCUAUCUAUCUAUCUAUCUAUCUAUCUAUCUAUCUAUCUAGGAUGGCAAGUAUGUUGUUGUACUUUCUUAAUCAUUGGAUGACAUCUUAUCAUCUCAGGAUAGACUCCCUUUCGUCUAUCAAAUCAAGUCUACAUAUAUCAAGCUUGGCGUUUUGAUCCGGCACAUAAAACUCUUGUAUCAGCCAACAUGAGUCUCAAGUUUAACCUAAGAGACACAAGUUUAUCAGAGUUUCUCAUUAGCAUCUGCUUUCUGCAGGAUAAAAGAUGACGACCAGAGCAACUGUUUGUGGCAGCUUGACUCGCAGCCCUCAAAACCCCUCCUAAGAGCGAAGAGAGAACCCUGACAUUCACGGAAAAAUGAUUUGACAGUCUUCUUCAUUCAUGUUAGUAGUAGAUAUAUGCUACCCUUGAAGAGUAAGAAACCUCCUCGGGUAAUAUGGCUUGUAAUAUUGAACACUGAAGGAAUCCUGACCUAAAAACAAGCUGAACUCCCACUAUCAAAGGUAGACCUUACAGCCCUCUUGACAGCCCGUUUAUGACUACCUAGGAAAAACAUUACAGGGACUCAGAGAUGAUGAUACUCAAGGGUCAUUUUAAGACUUGAUUUGUAAAGUUUAGUGCCUGCUAUUCUGUGACCCAAUCCUCACAUUGUUAACACUGACAUGGCCAAAAAAGUGCAGGAACUUUGCACAUGUGUUAACAGGGUAUUUUUUCUAUUAAUGACGCCGAUGAUGAUAACUUUGAUGAAGAAGCCAAAUCUAAAUCUCUCUUUUUUUUUUAGUCAAUCUUUUACUGAUUCAGGUGGGGAUGCAUCAGCUAAUAACUACUGUGUGCUGAUGUAUGCCUUUCGUAGCAGGUGCCACUCUCUCAGCAGUAUAGGCCAACCUGCUGCAUCAGCUACCACUGCAGCAGCUGAGCUCCUUAACAUGACCUCUCUUACACUCAACAUCUUACUUACACUGCCUGAUAAUUAGCAUCUCCAUCUCACUUUAACUCAUGCUUUCACCCUCGGUUUCUUCCUCACUCCUUUCCCUCCUCAGUCUCACCAUCUUUUUCCUCCCUCUUCUCUUCUAUUUACCCAUCGUGCCUUCCUUUCUUUUUCUUUUUCUCAUGCGUUUUUUCUCCCCAUCUCCCUGUCACCCCGUGCCCUUCUCCUUUGCACCCUCUCCCCCUGAGGUUUUCACCGAGUGAUAGAGGGUGAAAUCAAGUGAAGUCGAUUCGCCCUGAUAAUGUAAUGAACCACACCCCCCUUAUCUUCAAAGACACGGCGCAUAAAAGAAAGGAACCCUGCGGUGUGUGUUGGCAUGUCUGUGCCAGUGUGACGUUUGUUAUGUUGUUGAUUGUUUUGUCUAGAACAGUCAUGAAUUUGCUCACUGUUGCUCUGGUGAAUAGCUGAUGGAAUCCACCCGACAAUACACAAUGGCCAUUAUAGUGACUCUGGCAAGAGUGUGUGUGUGUGUUUGUGGGUGACGUGCACCUGUUUGGUGAAUGGUAAGGGUGCAGCCCUUUAGCCUUUUGCACAAAACUCAGAUGCGCACAGAUCAUAUACCCAGCUAAAAACACACACAUGAAUUAUUUUGUGUGAUGAUUGUUGAACAUCUUUUCGAAUGUGAGUCUUUCAAAAUUCUGUUAUGUCACCAAUCAUGUUUCACUGCAAUUGUAGUUUCUCCAAAAGUAUGACUCUUCUUGUCGCAGUGAUGUAUAGUACUUGGGAAAAUGUUUGUGUGUAGGUGCGUUCUUUUAAUAUAUAGAUAGCAUGUUACUAACAGAUUGAUGAGGUUUAAUCAUUGCUUGGGCCAAAGAAUGUGCUCAUAUGAUGGGCAGAUAAAUGUUGCGUUCGAGUCAACUUUGAAGUCAGAUACCGGAGCUGAAAAUGACGUCACACCCGAGUCACAAAUGGUUCAGUUACCAAGUCGGAAAAAAGCAAAAUCGGAGGCCUGAAACAAGAUGGCUACAUCUACUAAAGUUAUUUUAACGUUUGCUUUAUGUCAGGACAAGGCAUCUACUUUCGUAGAUGUAGCCAUCUGGUUUCUGCAUCCGAUUUAGCUUUUUUCCGACUUGGUAACUGAACCGCUGGUGACUCGGGUAUGAUGUCAUUUUCAGCUCGGACUUCUGACUUCUGAGGUGACUCGAACGCAGCAUAAGUUUUGAGUCCCCAACUAGUUCUCGGAAGUUAGACUUGAAUUUGCAGUCUCAAAGAGAAUUGUUAGAGUGGUAAUUGAAUUUUAUUUUAAAUGUUUCCUUAUUUGCAUAAAUAUUCCUCAUAUUGAGCUGAUUACAUGCAGUGAAUUAGAGUGGGUAAAUCACAUUUGUGGUUUUUAAUCAUCACCCUGAUAUUGGUGUUACUGCAAAUAACCUCCUCUUAUUUGAUUACUGGUUGAACAGAUUAUUAUUCCGCCAUAAUUUCAAUUUGCAACAGGCAGUUUUCGUAAGUUUGUUUGGCAAAAAAGUCAAUGCAGCUGUAAGCAUACUAUUGGAUCUUUAGCUGUGUCAUCCUUGUACACAAAGAGCAUAUUUUCGACUAUUUUAUGAUAGUGCAGUUGCAGGUGGAGGACGGUAUCAUCAUGGUACCAAACCUAACACUUAUCACUUUGAAUAUGUUGGACAAUUCAUAAUCUGUUUGAGUCAAAGGUUACCGUUUUUCCAUUUCUUCUGGAUAAUUUCAAUUUAUUGCAACAGUUGCGUGUGGCUCUCGAAAAUUGUAUGCAACAUUCAGCCUCACAAGAGGUUAGCGAUAAUGUGUUAAUGGCUUUGUAAGCAGGUAGCGGCAUAGAUGACUCACUGGACUCUUUUCAACAAAGAGAGGAUAAUACACCAACUCUAUCAACAUAUAUCUAAUUAUUGAUCAAAUCAAUAUUAAUCACAGCUGACUGAUGACACGUCUUUUUCUUUCCUUCAGGUCAAAGUGACACAGGAGCUGAAAAAUACACACACAGAGCAGAUGACAAGACUGCACUUUAAACACCAGACUGAAUGUGACCUGCUGGAAGACAUGAGGUAUGAACACAUGUGUAUCACACACACACACAUGCAAAACAGAACCCUGGUCUUAUCCUCUGACAGAAAAAGAGGGAGCAUGCUUCGAUUGCCAGAUGGUUUCAGGUCUAGUCAUCAUUGCUGACUGGUUUGCACACAACGCACACGUGGACACUUGAGCAUCAUAGGCAAGGGUUUUUGAGACUAGUACAGAGGUUGAGGCAGGGGUUGCAAGUUGGAGUGAAGAUGGUGCCCUUCCACUUUAAAUAUAUACCAAUUAUGCACAUGGUGACUGAAAGGGAACUUAGAAAGCAUCUGUUUUUACCCUAGGACACUAUCGCUAAAAUUAGUAACACCAUCACUAUCCCCGGAUGAUUUUUACCUGAAAUAUUAUAUCCGCGAAAAAGUACUUGUCAUCAAAAUAUAUCAAAAUAGGACAAUACAAGAGAAAUUAAAGUAGUUUUCUUUUAUAUUUAAUUGUGCAAUGUCCAAAGGGAGGGAAAAAAGUGCCAUGGGGGGACCAUAUAAAAAUGCAACAAAAUAACUGAAAUUAGGCAGUCAUGAAGAAAAGAAUUCCUAAAAAUAUAUGUAAACUGUAAACUUAGUUUCUUUUCCACCCAUUCCUUGGGCAUGUGAGUCUUCCCUGGUGAAGACUCAGGGUCCUUGGCAUAAUAACAGCUGCAGGAGAGAGAACCAAAAUAUGGCAGAUUUUGAGUGAGUAAAAAUGACCAGCUGACUAAAAUAUUUAUUAUUUCACCAUAUGAAUUCCAUUGAAAAUCACUACUUAGUGGUAGUUAUUCAUAACCACUACGCUAAAUAAAGAUAGCAUGCAAAUUCCAGGACCGCAGGAUCAAAUCCACCCAAACCGAUUUUACCCUUUAUCACUAUUGCCGGGUGAAAAUCACCCUGUGAACAUGUGCCUGUAGGAAAAAGCAGGUUUUGGAUCAGGGAAACAAAUAUGCCUUCAAAGAUGUCAAAGGCAAUACUGAAGCUACCCAGAGACCCAUGAUACUCAGACAAAUGCAACGUAAUGAAAAUCACGUAAACAUGUUUGGUUAGGGUGAAAAUCACCCGGUGAUAGUGUUCUAGGGUUAAACAUAUUUCUUUAACAGAAUAAUCAACAUUUUGAUGCGGUGUCAUUCAAUUCUGUGGGCUCAGCUGUGAUGCUUUGCUGCAUUGGUUGCAGACAGUGCAGGGGGUAACUGCUGGACCAACAUUUGAUGACAUGUGAUGACAACUUUUUGAAACCAUACUUAUGAUGGCUUUUUCCUAUUUAUGAAUUCUAUAAAUGUUAAUGCCAGUGCUCAUCAGAAAACUUCAAGCCAAUCAUGAGAAAUUUACAUUCACAAGGAAAAAAAGGAACCAAUGAAUGAGUAGGAAGUGACAUGAGAAAACCAGGGGAAUUGUUAGAGGUGGACAAAGGGUUGAGAAAAUGACGGAGGAAUUUCCUGCUGCCCUCUUCCUGCUCUCUGACUCUGUUUCAUUCUUCCUCCCAUUUUUCUUCUCCAGAUUUCUUUCUCUAUCUCUCCCUGCCAUCUUACCCUCUCCCUGGGUCCCAUGUCUCUCUCUUUCUUUCUCUCUCUCCUCUCUCUCUCUCUCACACACACACUCUCUCUCUCUCUCUUACCCUCUCUCUCUCUCCCGCGAUCUAUUUGUCUGUCUCCAUAUCUCUCUUUUUCAUUUUGGCUCUGCUCUGUUUACUCAUGACGUGUGUGAGUCUGGCAGUUUUCCCCUUUGGAUUUGGCAAUGGGAGGAAACUCUAGUUCCUUCACACGCUCUCAUUCUCUGUGUUGACUAAGCAUUGAUUAUUUAUGACAGCAAACUCUCUCUAAUACUCCCUGCUUCUCCACCUCUGUUUCUAUAUCUUUCUCUUUCCUUCUGACUUUCACACUUCUCGUCUUUUGGAGACAUCGCUCGCUCUUCCCCGCUCCCACCCUUGGGGGUAGUUCCAGCUGUUUCAGAACAGAUUGCCUUGUUGCUGCUCGGUUUUGGAGCGUGAACAAGGCCCUGGUCUCACUUGUGGGAGAGAGGGGAAGCCAGUUAAGCACAUGCAACUAAAAUGUGUUAGUUCUUCCAGUUGGUGAGGGAUAGAAGUACAUGCCACUGGGUAAAGAUCUCCAAAUUGGCUUUGCUGUUCUCAGGGUUUUAAGAUGCCUCCCAUGGGGUUUUCACAGUGCAUUCUGUUACUUUCAGUGUUUUUAAUUAUAUUUGAUGUCACAUGCUCAGGGCGGUAAAUGAAGAGAAAUGAAAUUAUGAACUACCUUUGGAUUAGGAGACUACACUCGAGCCCCUGCAACAACAUGCAUGUCCAUGUGUCCUUGAGCAAUCAACUGAGGCCCCUGUAGUUUUUUUUCAUGUAGCUAAUAUUUCUGGCUGUAUUACCAGGUGGUGAAUAUUAUCUUGAGAUUUCCAUAAAGAUCAAAUAGAUAAGAUAAUUUCAGUUUAGAAAUUAGGCUACAGUAAUCACUAUUCUGUUAAACAAUAUUGUUAUUUAUGUAUUUCAGUGAUAAUUUUUUCGUGUACUUUCUCGUUUAAAUUAAGAAAGCACAAGUUUAAGUUCCAUUAUACAUCCUGCUACUUUAUAAUUUAUGGACAAAUUUGCAUCUUGAAAUCAGGUUCUUUGUCUGAAUUUGGUUCAGGACAAGAUUGUACCCAAAAUUUUUGACCUAAACUAAAUCAAUGGAGCGCUGUUUUCACAUUCCAGCCCACACUGAGAUCUUUGCAUGAAAGACAGACUUUAAUUAAGGGUCUUAAAAUUCAUUGCAUUGCCUAAGGUAGAAAUUGGAUUGGAUUGUCAGGCUCAAAUGAAGCUCUGUUGUUCAUCUUGACUAUAGCGAAAUAGUUCUGGAGAAAUAGUCAACAUCCCUCUCUGUUUAUCCUCAACAUUUUGCAGAUAGCACAGGUAAUCAAACCUUGAAAGAACAAUUGCUUCACAGAAUUGCACAUCUUUUGACAACAGACUCUUGUUCCACUGUAUUCACUGGACAUAUAAAUGGUAAAAUGAAAGGUGAUUGCACUAAUCAUUUCAGUCUUUUUUUGGGAGAUGAGUCGGUAGGGUGUACAGUAGGGCUACAGCUAUCGAUUAUUUUAGUAAUCGAGUACUCUAUCGAUUAAUCUGUCGAUUAAUCGAGUAAUCGGAUAAGAAAUGUUUUGCUCUCACUGUAAUACUUUGCAUUGAAUCACGUUUGCCUCAGAGCGGACUUAAUGCAUGGACCGGGUGUUUUCUUUUAAGGUGCUGCAGCAUUGACGACGUGCUGUUGUGAAACGCCAACUCCGCCUUACAGUGAACGCACUGCACGGCGUUUUCUUUCCUUUUCAGUGUGUAAUGGUCCCACACUUUAGACACUUUCUGCCGUUUCCUCUGCGUGUCAUCUCUUUCUUCCUCUCUCUGUCUGUCCUCGUUUCCCUCCAUGAUUGAACCAAACGCGCCAUAGACAUAAUAAAAGAUAGACCCCGCAUCGGCCGCUACCACGAAUGGGCGCUGUCGAGAAAUGCGGCCGCCAUCUUGGUCCGGUCAUCCGCCUCACUCUGCACCGCUGUUUAACCGGCGGAAUGAAGUCUGAGCGCAUUAAUGAAUCAUAGUUCGCUCAAUACUACGUAAUUUUCUUCUCUGCAAACGCCAUUCAAAGAGGCAUGAUAGAGGCCAUAUUUUUUUUUGGCGUUUUCAAAUACUCAGAAUGAAUAAAAUGAUAUUUUAGAACAUGGCAGCAGUGGCUGUAUUAUAGUAUAACAAUUAAUCAAGGAUAUAUUUAGGUUUAGAGCUAGGUUCCUGCUAUGUCUCAAUAAUUAUUAAUAACUGGCGGUAUUAAUAGGCCAAUUCAAUAUAUAUUGAUUUGAUUAUAAUUUUUUAUAUAGUUUAAUUUUAUUUAUCCAUUUGUAGACACACACAAAUAAUGUCAUAUAGAAGCACUAUUUUAAUAACUGGAAAAUACACACAAAUAUAUAGCCUACAUAUCAAAAAGAUUUAAACACAAGAACAGCAUGACAGGACAGCAUCUAAACUACAUAUCAAUUUGCUUGUUGGCUACACAGCACAGAUGAAUCACUUGCUGCGAAUUUCUCCCUCUAACAGCAAUCUCCCACUUCUUCCUCGAGUUUUUGUCCUUAGGAAAUCUUCAAAAUGAAACAGGAGAUCACCACAAAGAAAUCUUUAAUAAAACAGAUAAUAAAACAGAGCUCACUUUCUUCCUUUUUCUUUCUAUUUUAUUUCUUAACGUUUCUUAGAACCUCUCUCAAACAAAAGUUUUUCAAUCUAAUGCAAAUCUGUUGAUAAUCGACCAAAGUUGCUAUUAUUGUGAAUAAGCUAGCUGUUCGCAAAUGCUGUUUCCUUUUUGGAGUUGACCGAUAGUCUUCCUCUUUGGCCUACAAAUGACUCUACAGUCAAGUGUAAUGUUUAAAAAACGUUUAAUCAUAACUGUGAAAAGUUAUUUCUUGAGCCCUGUUCUCUGCUGUCCGCCUGUUGGCACAGGAAUACAUCGCUGAAUGAAUGAAUAUGAUUGACCGGAGCGUAUGGGAAGCUUGACCUGACCAAGAUGGCGGCCGCAUUUCUCGCUGCGCAGCACCCCCAGCGGGGUCUACCCUUUUAUUAUGUCUAUGAAAUGCGCGGCAGCGGAAGGAGCGGAAAGAGCACGCUGCUGCGCAACAGAAAUAACCGUCCGUGUCAAACACCGUGCGCUGCACAUGGUUCCGGAUUUAAACGAUUCCUCGAGGCACAUAAUUUGCCUCGAGGAAUUUUAUUAAUCGAGUUACUCGAGUUACUCGAGUAAUCGUUUCAGCCCUAGUGUACAGCAUCACUGACCUGAUGCUGGAUAAGGUCAGGGAGUUGUAACCUCAUUCUCUCCAAUAUUCUUACACUCAUAAAAUGACACUCAGUGAUGUUAUUCAGGUGGUUUAAGGAGUUGUGUCACUGUGGGACACAAACACAGAUUAUAAAUACACUUGUCAUUUACUUUUCUGUGCAUAAAAUCACUCCUUCCAAACCUGAAAUACCUCCAAACAACUGAUGACAAGCUGUUGCAGAGGUCUGUCUUCUUUGACUUUAGUGCCUGCUUCCUUCUUUAUCUGUUGUUUAUUCUUUUAUUCUGCCACUAAAACCUCUCCAUUGCCCCCUCAGGGUUGCUGUUUUGGGGGGCACUUGAUUUGAUGUAGUUUUCACAGGUGAAGCACACUGUAAAUUCUUCAUGUCAUGGGCAGGCUAAAAUCAUGUUUACACUUUCUAUCCCAUUUAUUAUGUAUUCCCAAGAUGGCUGUUCAAUGUACCAUGAUUUGGACCUCUGUUACUGCUGCAAGAAGCAGCAUUUAUUUGAGGUACUUCUGUGCAGCAGCUGGCCAACUGUCCAGUAUCCUGUUUAAUUCUUCUGUAAAUAGUAGAUGACAUGAGACAUGAGACUACAGAUGUUGAAUUUCCCUUUGGGGAUCAGUAAAGUUCUGCUUAUCUUAUCUUAUCUUUCUGUGCAUUUGGGGCUUUUGUCAGUGGUUUAUCAAUUGAUCUGUCAUUGACAAUAUAGAGUAGAUAGAACAUUACUGUCAGCAGUUUUCUAAAUUGCUCCUUUUCUGUUUUACAGAUAUUCACUGAUAUGGUUUUGUGCUUUUUGACACAAUAUAAUGACAUUUAUAUUGUUGCAAAAAAAAAUAGUCCCAUUUUCAAUCUGAUGUUGAAAAAAAAUCACAUAUUCAGUUUCAAAAAACUGCUUGGUUUCAGCUCUAAUACACCCAAAACUUCAUUUAGAUAUUAAGCUCUGGCACUUGCAACAAAUGGUUAAGACCAGCAUUAGUAAUUCAGCAGGGGUUUCCACUGGGAGAAGCAAUCAUUGACCUGUCCUCAUCCAGGGUCAAAAUGCAGACUUGAAAAGUCAGAAAAUAGACUUUGGUAGGAAGCUUGCCAGUUUGCUAAGACUGAGACAGCAACAGUACCAGUACUGACUGAUGUCUAUUUUCCUUGUGAAAACAUACUUUAAAAGGGAUCUGGACAGGAACUCUGACUUGUAACUGGGGGAUUUUUUUAUAUAUUUUAAUUUGACUCUUAAUAAAGGACUGAUAUCAAGUUUAAUCAAUCGAUAUCUUUCAAAAAAUCAUCUUUGAAAUAGCUGGACAAGUCACUGUACUCGUAAAAUGAAACACAUACACAGCCGAUAGACACACAUUUCCCAGCUUAAAGCCUACAGUAGAUUUUAACUCUUAAAUCCCAAAAUCUGCUUUGAGGUUAUUUACCCUAAUUAAUCCACAGGCUGGCUUUAAUCAACCCACACACAGAUACACAUGCACAUACACAAGUUGUUAAGGUAUAUUGGAUACGAUUUAAAUCAAUUUUUGAUUGCGGAAGGGUAAAGGUAAAGAAAAAAAAAGAAUGGGAGUAAGAAAUAAAUGAGAUGGGGAGACAGAGGGAAAAAUGAAAGAAAGAGAAAGGGCAGUGUUUUAAUCCUCUGAGACUACAUUUUAGCUGCACUAGUCUUAGGAGAGAGGAUAAGAGAAAGAGAGAGAGGAGAAAACGGCGACGAGUUGGUGGAGUCAGGAAGUCAACUUGGUGUCCUCAAUCCAGCUAAAUCCCCCAUACCCUUAUGUUGGCUUUUACUGCUACACAUAGAGAGGUGCAUCAACCAGUGCAAACCAUGACAACAGGCAAGAUUGAUUAUUUUUAAUGUAUGCACCAUUCACAAAACUACCACAUGCUGUGAUUUCACCUUUAUUGGGUUUGUGGCAUUUACAGCAACAUUUUCAUUAUCUGGUUAUUGGUUUUUGAUGCUUUAAUCUGCAGUAUUAUAAAGUAAAUAACAUCAACAUGCCACUACGUAAAGAGUGUUUCACAUUUGCCAUGAUGGAUUGUCAAAUUGGCUGUAAAGAUUGUUUUUUGUAGCAAUGAAAGUUGAUGAGAUAUCAGAUGGAUGAUUUUCAACUUUUCCAUGAUCUAGAUAGAGCGCUCGAUGAAGGAUCUAUAAAGCACAUUAUUUGAUAGAAAGCAGUAGUGCGAAGCCAGACUGGACUAGAACUGAGGCCCUGAUGUGAGCUGGGAAUUUAAUCCCCCCCCCCGCCCCUCCUAAAAUGACUGCGCUUUGUGCUGCACAUUUGCGCAGGAUAAAUGAAAUCUGUGUUUCACUCAAAUUUAUUGAGCAAAUCCUAGGAAUUAUCUGCAGAUAUCAUUAAAACCUAAUGGGUCUCCAUGCUGAGUAGCUAGAUUAGCAUCCUCAGUUUGAACUCAAAACGCUAUCAGAGUCCUCAUUAAUGCUUUUCACUGCAGCCUACAUAAUUUAGGGAGAGGUGGAACAGAAAAUGAAGGAUCCAUUGGGGAAAAGAGACCCAAAUUAAUGCAAUGCUGAUUCACUCACAUCUAAUAUAAUUAGGCAGCCUGUGUAUAUGGGGAAAUGACAGCAUAGACAACUAUUGCUGUUAUUCAUAACCACAGGAGGACAACAGGUAACAGUGGAUGCCAGGGGACAAGAUGAUUGAGGAGAUGACAGUAAUUUUCUCUUUCUCAGAUAAGGCUAAUGCGAUCUCUAACCCUGACCAACUACACCUUCUUUUAAAUUUCAAAACAGGCCUUAAUAACAUGUGUCACAGUCACACCAGAUUGAUGAAGCACUUUAAGAAAACCAUUAUUAUUGUUACAGUUUAAAAAUGGUUUAAAGAAGGUACACAUUUGACAAAUAAUAAAUAGCAAACCAUGUUUAUGUCCCUUAAAUCACUCUGUUUACUCUAUAUGGUUUGCGUGAUUUAAAACAGUCCUGAACUAUUUUGUUAAUGAAGAUCAUAAUAUUUAAUAUUUCUUGAUCUGGUUAGUCAGUAGAUUCAAGUGUAUUGCCAUUACGAGGAUGUAGUAGACGUCAUGUUGUAUUGGAACUGCUUCAUUUGCUAACUUUGAAAUGUCUGUUAUCGCUUCAAACUUAAAAAAACAUCAUGGUGAGUGUCAAAAUACAUCUCUAAUCUUGUUUCCUUACACUGAUCCCUAGGUAUUUGAUGUAACUAAUUGUUUAGGAAGAUGGAAAGGGAUGGAUAGCCAAGUAAACUCAGUGUCAGUUGAGUUUAACUUGUAAAGUAGCUUCUUACAUACAUUAUGUUAGUUUCCUCAAAUAUAGUCCAUUGAGGUAAGGUAUGCUCUUGUGCUAGGACACAUAAGCCAGUGCUCAUUUAAAACUGAAAAAGAUUUUCUAAAGGUCCUUAAACAUUGGGGCCGACACAAAUAUAGAAUGCCAAAUUACGAAAUAUUCAGAGGCGAAUUUUGACGCGCUUGACUAUACACAUCAAGCCUGAUGUGAUGUGAUGUUGUGUUUCACAUUAACUGUUACUCUCAUCCCAGUUUUUAUCAUUGCCAACACAAACAAGUUUUAGAUCAAGGUGAAAAAUUCUACCGGCCUAGCCAUGUGUCGAUUAAAGAAACUUGAAACUUGAACUUGUGACAGAGAGUUUUAGUAAAUGAAAUUGUAGACAGUGUUUGGGUUUGAAUUAUACAAAGUUUUUGUUUUCAGUUUAAGUCAGAAGCACAGCAGUUUAUCCAAGGUUAUAACACAAAACCUGAUAACUCAAAAUAGACUGGUAACUAAGCACCGACACAAGUUUAUUUUGUUUUAAUUCAUUGAACCAUGACAGCAAUCAGACAUCAGUCAGAGAAGACACAAUUUACUGAGACAGUUUCAAGUGCCUUUCUUCAAACGAUCCAGCAUUGUCACAGAGUCUCAUCAAACAACUUUCAGUGGAAGUCUGCUGCUUGUUUUAGGGGUGUCAAAAUAUCCUCACAAAGGUUUCUUUGACCGAACAUUAGUUUGCAAUGAUGUUAUGAUCGCACUUCUAAGAAUGGAAAGAAAAAUCUUCGUUUUGCUUCUUCAGCUUCAGCUCCAAUUUUGGAUUCUGUCUUCAAAUGCAAAUAUAAUUUUCUGAGAGUGGUACUCAUUUUCCAUGUGACUAAGCACGAUUGAGCCCCAACAACUGAUUCUUCAAGACUUGCAGGAUAAUUUUAACAGGUCAGAGGAUCUGUCAUCAAUUUUUAUCUUGAACAGUUUGGAAAUGGUAGGUGUUUCAGGAAGCAGUGUCAUCUCUAAAAAGGGAUCAAUCAUUAGUAUAUGAAAUAUUUUGGGUUUGAUAUCUGAAGUGACAGAAAAUCUAAAUAUGACUCUGUGUGUGUCCUCCCACUCGAGUUACUGACUGUGCUUUUCACCACUCUCUUAAAUUUAGAUUAUAUGAAGCUAUGUCUUUCCAAUCAAGCACACAGUCACUGUGUUACUCAUCUAUAAAUUCUGAAAUGAAUUAAAGCUGUGAAUAUUUCUGCCUGCUUAGUCUUGUUGUGGAUAAAUAAAGAAGAAUGUGCUCUGUUAUGUCUUGUGGAGAUCACACAGUGUGAAAACAUGACCGCCACCCUCUCUGUCUGUGACUCAUGUUGCUUAUCCUCUUGUCACUGAUCUCAGCCUGUGUCCUGUAAACCAUUGAUCUCAGCUGUUUUCCCACGUUUGAUAAUUCCCUCUCUGUGUCUCUUGCACAUACACAUACAGUACAGUCACUUAGUGUCCGCACUCUCAAGCACUCAAGUAUUUCCUGUCAGGCACACACUCAUCCAGGCAUUUUCUAUCUCCUGUUCUUCUUUGCGCACAGACAGAUGCUGAUGCUGCUCUUUUACUUGAGCACUGCACAAACACACACGUAAUAGGCAUAUGGAUCAGUGGGAUAGACAGAGGGAAAGAGAGAUGAGGGGUGAGAGAUGGGCUGGUGGAGAAGGAGAGGUAAGAAUGUGCAGAGGGUGUGCACAUUUACAUACGAGGCCUCUGCUGCAGGAUAAGUAUGGCGGUGCACAAAGCUGAGACAUGCCCAAAGAUCCCACUUAGGGUGUAUUUACUGAUGUACUUAAUGUGUGUGACAAAGACAGCUUUUCUUUAGAGAUUUAACGUUUUUAAAAGUGCUAGAAAUUAUUGUAUUCCUGGACUCUAAUCACUUCCACAGGCUCUUGUGGCUUUCAAGUAACAGAUUUACCAUCCUCUUUCUCUUAGUUGGACAUGGGUCAAUAUGUUUCAGGGAAAAGCUGUCAGGCACCAAAUGUUGAGCUGCUGGAACUUUGGCGUAGCGGUUAAAAUGGAGAUCCUGAAAACUGGAGAUCCUGCUUUUGAGGGUAUUUAUCAUUUAAUACCACUGUAAAAGAUUGGACUUUUUUUUUUUUACACAAACACUGAAUCAUAUCAAUGAAUAAGGCAUUAUGUAGUUGUCCUUCUCUUCCCUGUUAUCUGGCAAAGGUAGGCAAACAAAAAGCACAGUUUCAUGGCCUGAGUGCAUUGAACCAGAGCGAGUGGUGGAUCAUUCAUUGGUCAACUUGUUUUUACCCCUAAUGUUAAAAGCUAAAGUGGUUCAUUUUAUUAUCUUACUUGUUGAAGAUUAUUUUUUGCAUUUUGUUUUGCCCAGGUUGCUUAUUUUCUAAUUCAUAAUCAUACAGUAAAAAAUAUAGUUUUCUUUUGCGGAACAAAAAAUGAAAAUAAAAUUGCAGACAACAUCGGCGCUGUGGCUUAGUUGGUUAAAGCGCCUGUCUAGUAAACAGGAGAUCCUGGGUUCGAAUCCCAGCAGUGCCUUUUCAUUCCCUUGCUGGAAAGAAAUGUACUUUUCUCAAAAGUCAUACAGAGUCUUAAAAAAGAAUAAUCUCUUUAAACUGUUACAGUGCUUUGUUGACUUUUGUCUGAAUGAGUAAACUACAACUGUGUGGUAAGCCAAGUAGUUGUACUUUAAAUAAGAAAUGACGGCUGUUGUCACACAGGAAGACCUGGAUGGCCGGCACACCCCUUAUUCUUACAUCUCAGAGACUGAUCUAUCUGGUUUGGUGUAAAGAAGCUGCUAAUUAGACACGUGGUUUAGGUGUAUUCAUAAUAUUUUGAUUUGGGUAAUGGAAACUGACAGUUCAUGAAGGCGGAUAAUGAACAGCCAUUUCUAAGUUUGACAAAGGGGCCCAAGAAUUAUGUUUAAAUUCUAAUACAUGCCAAUAACAGUUAUUUGACUCUGUAGCACACUUUUGUUGCUCACAGCGAGUUGUUGGAGGUUAGAGUUGUUUGUUCACUGCAGAAUGCUGAAAUGAAGACCAAAAACAGCUGUCACUGUCAAUUAAGUUAAGUUUGGCUCAGACUGUAUUCAUCUGUCUACUAGGAAGAAAGAGUUUGGUACUUCAAUGUCUUCACAUACUGGUGUCUGUGAUCAUGUAAUGUCAUGUGUUCUUUGUCUGUGAUCAGCUCAUUUUGAUGUGUGGGAUCACAAAAAGGUGAUAUUUUGAUUGAAUUGUCAUCAGUAUUAAUACGACAGAGGAACCAUGUGACUACCUUACAUUCAGUUAUGAAGAUCUUGUUCAUUUGUGCGUUUUUGAGUUCAGGUUGACUAUCAGUGCAGACAUGUUUGUCACAGUAGAAGGCAGUUGGUCUUAGGUCAAGCUUCUUUCCUCCGAAGUCACUAGUUGCAACCAUCUGAAUUCAAAACCACAGUGCCCCGUGUGAGGCUCGAACUCACGACCUUCAGAUUAUGAGACUGACGCGCUGCCUACUGCGCCAACGAGGCCUGCAUGAGUGUUGAGUGUGCUCAGAGUUGCAGAGUCAACGCUCAAGGGUGGGGGUGGACUCAUUGCAGCUAUCAGUGGAGACAGCUUUGUAGUAUUCCAGUUGACAUGCAUGGGGGUGGAGCAAAGCAUUGAACACGUGCUCCAACCUGUUGCACUGUCAAUGGACAGUUUAAAGUGCUGCAGCUCUUCACCAGUGCAGAAUUUAAAAGAUCUUUUUUAGUGUUCUUGAGUUUCACAUGUCUCUCUUGUCAUUGUCCAAUCUUGAAAUCUAAAGAGGUUAGACCUGAAGAACCCCAAAGGUUUAACAAAAUGAGGACUUGGGAAACAUUUUACAAGACGCAUGGCUGUAUGUGUUGAAGAUAUAAUGUGUGCUUCUCUUUCACCUUCUUUUAUACAUCUUUCCCCUCUAUUUCUCCAAUACCCCACAGUUGAUUUAAAACAGCAUCAGCUUAAUUUUAACUAGGAGUUAAAAGAAACAUGUUAAACACACAGGGUUUGUCCUUCGGCUACAUCCUUUCAAUAGAUCAUAACAACCAGAGAGAAAUUUUGUUAAAUUCUUUUCAUUCAGGAUACUCUUGGGUGCUUUUAUGUGGUGAAAGAUCUUUUGAUUCCGGGUUAGGAAAACUUCUUGUUGCCUGGAGUAAGAAAGCAGUUCUUUUUUACAUUAGGCCUUUAAUUCAAUAGCACUUUGCAGUGCAAACAGAUGACAACAAAGUUCAGUCGAGACCUGGUCGGCAGAUAUACUUUGGUGAGGCACCAAUGGUAAAAUUGACCACUGUUUCCAGACAGGAGUGAUCAUUUCACUGUACAUGUAUUUAUUAUCCUUAUGCAUAUGCAUAUGCUGUAGGCAACUAUAAAAGCCCUAUAUUCUGUUUCUAUAUGGAAUAUACAUUGACAGCACUAGUAUAAGGGUAAGUAAACUGGUAUUUUAGAGUUUCAAUUCCAGCACAACUUUGUGUCCCAGUUUAUGUGUGUCUGGAGAGCACUAAGCUGUAGGCUAUUUAACACCAAACAUCCUUUUAUAUCAAUUUUUUUCUCAAUGUAACUUCAUGUAAUGUUUUUUUUUUAAGAUCGAGAUCCAAGACAGAGAGGAAACAGACCUGGCAUCAAAAAUAUUCAAGGACAGCCUGAAAAGAUAGUCAAAUUUUCCCAGUGGAAUAAGACUUCCAAAUUUUUGGAGCCUUUAUUCGUUUAAGUCCUUGAAAGCCAUCUUCAGUAUAUCAGUCAGUGUAUGUCCUUUGAUAGUUCUCAGAGAGUUUGCUGUAAUUGAGAUACGCUCUGCCUAACACUGAUUUUUAACUGAAAUUUAAGACAAAGUAGACAUCGAGGGUGCUUUGGAGGUCGUUAAUCGUUUUGAUGAUCCCCCAACUUUUCAAUACAGCACAAUAUAUAAUGUACAUUAUAACAGUAGAAUAUAGUCGGCUAAAUAUGUUAAUAAACGGUUAUCCCCACUAAUAAGGUCAUCCAUUAUGCAUGCGACUUAUUUCAGUCUGCAAACAGUGCCAGUGUAUUUAUCUCUGUGUGUGAUCGUAUACCUAAUGUUGUGUUUCUCAUUCUGCACAUUCCUUUGUGGUGAUAAGAGCUUCCACUGUCUACCAAGAGGGAGAAGUUUGAAGGGUUUUGUACAAAUGUGGGAAUUGUAUUGUAGUACACUGUUAGAAAAUAAAGAGACCCAAAUAAAAAGGCAUUUCUCUGUGCUGAGAGCUGUUUGAAUGGACCAAACACGAAGUAUUUUCUGUGACAAACUAUACACUUAAAAUGGAAAACAGCAGAACUCUGUGUCUGUGCGUUCCUUUUAUUCAACAGAUGACAGAAACAUUUCCACUUUUGUAUGCUGUUUGAAAUUAUUUCAAUGGCUGAAGAUAACGUAAAACAUUCAAACACUUAAAGUAGCCUCUCUCUCUCUCUCUCUCUCUCUCUCUCUCUCUCUCUCUCCCUCUCUGUAGGAGCUACAGUCUGAAGAAGGGACAGCUGGAGAGGGACUAUGCACAGGUAAGACUGGAUUAACAUUUGUUAAGUGUGUGUUUAGAUACAUGGGAUAACAAGACUGAUCUAGUGCCCUCACUAGCAGACAAAUACUGUUCACUCUGUGCCCUUACCCAAAUGAGUUUCAAAUUCAUUUGAUUUUGGCUUUCAUCUCUCUGUUUUGAGGUUGAAUGAAGAAGGCAAUUUGACGUAUUGCUGUGGCAAAGUUGGUUAAAUUGCCUUCUAUUAAUCAGGGGAUCUUGGUUAUGACCCCUACUUUUGUCAUUCUUGGGCUAAGUCAUCCAUAGAAAACUCAGUGGAGAAAUGACAAUGGUUGGAUUGAAAAGGAAAAACAGUUGGAUGGUUUCAGUCAUUUUGGUUAUUAGCAAUCAUUUGUAAUCACACUGAGUGGAAAGUUUUUCUAGCAGAGCUCAGAAGACAUUUCUGCAUUGUUCAGCAACACUAUUUGGAAAUUACAAGAAGGCCUAAAAUUAUAAGUCAGAUGAAAUUACACAUUUGAUCAAUUUUCCUGUUUUUCUCAAAAAACCACAAAUGGUGUACAAAGAACGUCAAACCAGUUUUGGUUUUAUUUUAUCGAUAGAGUCUGACAAAAGCAAAGAAAGAAAAAUCCAAUGUUGGAAGUAAGCUGACUUCAUGAAAAUGAGCUAGAAACAUUCUUUAAGGACAUCUCCUUACCAGCCUUGAAAGAAGGGAUAGAGAGAGUUUAGAGACACCCGUUAGUGAGUCUGAAAUAUUUGCAGCAUUGAAUGCCUUCCCAACAGGGAAAGCACUGGGCAAUGACGGCUGUUCUGUUGAAUUUUAUAAAUAUUUCCAACAAAAACUAUCCCUGUUACUUUAUUAUUUAAUGAUAUAUUAGCUGAUCAAUCCAUGCUACCGACUAUUCGCCAAGAUACCCAAACCUGGCAAGGACCACUCAAAUAUCUCAAAUUUUCGCCCUAUAAAUAUGCUAAAUAAUGACUAUCUUUGUAGAUUAAUGUGCAAGCUGUAAACUCUGAGCACUAUGUGGUUUCACACACCUGGGGCCAGUAGUUCAGAGCAUGUGGAUAAGCCCAGAUUUUUCCACUGUAUAUAUGGGCACCACCAUAUCUCCAGUGAUAGGCAGCUCAACUGCAUCAAAAACUGGUUUCAACCAUGCUCCUUUUCUGUCAUACACAGAACCGUGGGGAAUAAUUCCACUAAUGUUGGCUGCUUUUAAGUGGGUGUUUGUGGGCUAUAGUGGUCUCUUUGUGAGAUUUUCCUCUCAUUCAGUGGCUCUCCUCAUGUUUGACAUGUUGAAAUAAAUUGGUUGUGUUGCUGUCUUUAGCUGCAACAGUUUUUGAUUAAACUUUGAUGUGGACUGAAGUUUGUCUGAGGUCUGACUCCACAAAAUUCAACACAUUCCAUACUACUGACAAGACUGUGGUACUGUGCCUUUCUUUUUGGGUUAAAAACUCUUUAUUUACAAAAGUUCAAGAGAAAAUCUAGAUCUUAAGUUUUUAGGAUUGCCCUUCACCACAAAAACAAACUAAUGGAUAACAUCGAUUGAUGGCCAGCCCUGUUAGCAGGUGUUGACUUUUUGGAUGUACUUGUUGACAACUGUGUAUUAAGCUGAAUGACUGAACAAACAUGAAGGCUUGGAGGUUGAAAUGAGAAUAAGACAAAUACAAAAAAACAGCCUGUAUCUAGACAAAUCCGCAGGGGCAUGUUUUUCCUUUCUGGUAGAUGUUCCCCUCCUAAACAGCAGAUUUCUAAUCCAGGCGGUUUCAGGAUGGCUGAUUUACCAACAUUACUGUGAAGCAGCCAGUGAGAAGACCAAGAUAGGUGCUACAAGGAGACUUUGAAUUUAUCACCUGAUGUAGAAAUGCAAAGUUAUCAAGUUUUCAUUUAAAACGAUUCAGGGUUCAGAUCUUAGAAAAAGUUUGCCGCAUGAUGCUUUUAUGCUCAGAUGAACUAAUCAAUCAUUUGCUUAUAUUGAACUGUAUUUUUAGGUUGCCAUGAGUCCUCUUUGCUGUGACCUAGAAGUAUCCCUCCCUUCUUUGCAGAUAAUCUUUAAAUGACAUUUUAGGAUGAGGUUGAAACAUGUUAAUUCAUGAAUACUUUUGAGAACUUAUUAUUCAUGACAAAAAUGAUGGGCUCUCUGUUUCAAAACUGGAUUAUAAAAUCAUUCUAGAGGAAACUACAUUCAGCCACCCCUGCUCGUGUGUUAGCAAAAUUGUGGCUUUGUGUUGGAUUUAUUUUUGAUUCAUUCCUCAAACGAAUAAAAACUCUCACAUGUGCUGCAGGCCACAUUUGGUUUCACUUCCCUUAUUCCUGUUUUGGUAAAUCACAGAUGUUUUAGUGUUCCUUUCCGUCUUUUUUGGGGUAAUCUUUCUUCCUGUUUUCAGAUUUAUGAAAUGCUGCGUAGUACUCAUGAAUCUUGUAAGGUUGAGGCAGUGAAAGGAUUUUGCAUGUAAAUAAGCCCAAUAUCCAGAAAUGGACUAUGUAGCAGCUCCUCAGGCUGUGCCGCUUCUUAUUUUCUCCCUCAGCAAGCAGCCCUGAAUCAUCUGAGCAGUCUUACUUGGCUUCUAUUAGAUUUUAGUCUCAGAACUCCCAUAUUGAAAUCAGGAGAUCCAGAUCCAUGCUCCUACUCUCUGUCACAUUCUCUUGCUGUGAGUUUAUGGGUUGACCCAAAUGUAGGCUUCAAACUAGUAUUAUUACAUGACAAUAAUAGCAUGUUGUUUGAGGAUCAUUCCCUGCAAUCACUGGUUUUGAUACUUCAAGAGAUUGUUGAAUCUGGGUCACUGGCUCUUUGUUAUUAACUUAAUUUAACAGAGACUCACCACCUUUCUGCAUAUUAGAAACUGACAAAAAUCCAGCUGCCACUUGCAGUAUACGCAAUAGUAGAGGUGAGUGCAAUUCAUCAACGUGUCGAUGCAUCGCGAUGCCUUGCAUGACUAUUCGACAUUGAUUAAUUACCGGCGAUGCUUAGAAAAAACGAUUAAAUAAAUGAAAACGUCUAACGCGCGCCACCUGGACUGAUUAGUGAGUGGACCACAACAAACAGAGCACGUUAGUUUCUUUGUAAAAUGGCAACAGCUUCAGUAGUCUUUAAAGAGCGGACGAUACUCUUGAGGGGUUGACUGCAACCGUGUGGAAGUACUUUGGAUUUUAUGAGCGAGCGAAACAAAACGACUGACAAGACUUGCGCAAUUUGCAAGAUUUGCAAAGCAAAAAUAAAGUACCUCAGCAACACUACAAACAUGAGGCAGCAUCUUGUAUGCUUUCAUUCCCAAACAGAGAAGGCUCCUCCGGUUGUGCCCGCCACCCAGUUUAAGUUAAGUAAGUCGAAGUGGACAUGUUUACAUAACAGUCAUACAGUCAUAAAAUAAAAAUAUUUCUCGUCUUCGCAAAAUUCAAUUCAAUUCAUAUGUUCAAGAAACCUUAUUAUGUACUUAUUGAGUGUAGUUUUAGAGGAAAUGAGUAUAUUGAUAGGCUAUUUAUUUACAAAUGUAGCCGCAGAUGUAGACAAAAUCAAUCUUGUAUGGAAAAAAACAUUAAAAACGGCAAUAAUUGAAGAAUCUUGGCACCAAUAAUCAAAUCAACAAUCAUACUCAAAGAAUUGAACAAUCGAAGCUCCCAUAACUGAAAUCGAAUUGAAUUGUGAGGUACCCUUGUUGGGCCACCCCUAUGCAAUACAAUAUCCAUGUAAGGCAGUUGCAGUUGAGCUGCAUUCAGUUCUAGUAAUCUGACUAUAUCUUCUUAAAACCAGUCAUAAAACAGACUUUUCUAGAGAAUGGGAAGAAAGGCAGCUCAGCCAAAAAAAAAAAAAAAAAAACAAUCUCUUGAUUUCAAAAAGAAGGGUAAAUAUCCGCUGGAACCAUACAGCACGUAAGUAACAAUAUACAAGGUGAAAUAAAACAUAAUGUGUCUGCUGUCACAGACACAUAACAGCUGCCAUAUGUUGUUAUAGUUUGGCCUCUGACAUUUGUACAAUGUCAUUGCUGAGCCUCACUGCACACAGGAUUGAUUCCUCCACUAAUAAGUUUACAAUGAUCGAGGUGAAUUGAUACUGUGAUCCAGUUUAUGAGAAAAAAACAAUAAAAGAAGGGAAACAUAUAACAUGAAAAAGAUGAGCUUAUGUCCAGUACUGUGGUUCCUGCUGGUUGCCAUCAAUUUGAAUCUUGUGCCGUCUUGUGAGAUUUGUGUUCACAUCAACACUACCUUAAGUUUAAGUGGAUUAUAUGAUUAUAUAUUAUAUAUAUAAGUUUUACAACAAUGCUAGCUAGACUUGGUUGAGUUCUUUGUGAUCCUCAGCAAGGCCAGAGGAAAGACCCUUGCAGAUGUUUAUUUAUCUAACCAUGGUCCGCUAGAAUAGCUUCCACCUUAAAAUACUUUUUCUUUCACCCAUGAGUUAUUCACUCUGCAAUGUUCUGUGAGGUUGUCAGGACACACAAAACCGAAAUACAUUUCCCUAUUGAAGGCUGCGUCACCAAACUCCCCUUGCUGUUGAGGAGUGUCCUCAGUGCUUGCUGCCAGCAGUGUGAAAGACUGCACAGGAAGAGUUUUCUUUCCAAUUCAUGUACUGCAUUAAUGCUGCUCAGCUUAAGCUCAUUUCACAUGUACAUAUUCACACACAAAAGUAUGCAUAUCUUCUUAGAAAGAAGGCAAACAUAUGAGUUGUAGCAUAAUGAAAAGGGGGGAAAAUUACUAUCUGUCUCUUAGCUGCAAAUAAGCAUACAGAUAUUCACCCUGUGACACUGUCUGCAUGUUAACAUGUUUGUGAGGCUUAGUAUCCUCUUUAUACGUACACAGGAGAGGAUGGGAUAAAGAGACUGAGGAAGGUGAGGGAAAGAAAGGAGAUUGAUUUGUUUGUGUGUGUGUGUUUGUAUGCACGUGUGUCUUCAUUUACAUUUGGUUUAAAUGAUCACUGCUGAGUUUCCGCUGGUCAACCCCCCUGGUUUCAUACACCUAUUAUCUCCCUCCCUCUGCCUUGUUUUCUCGGUUUCUCUCACUAUUCUCCCUCAGCACUGUCUUGUUCACCUUAGAAAUAGAGGUUGCCUGGCAACCACCCCCCACCCCCCAAUAGGGUAGGACAAUGGAUUCCCUCCUAAUUGUAGGUAUAUGCAUCACAUGUGUGUUUGUGUUAAUUUGCAGGAAUGUGUGAGUUCAGUGGUUUAUUUUAGAGAUGCAUGGUGAGAAGGGAAUUGGAUUUCAUCACAACAUUGGAAAAAAAUGUCUGAAUCUUUGCACUGCUUACUCGUACAAUAGCAUUUUAGUAUGACAUGUCUGCCCUUGGCUCUUGUCUAUUAUUCUGCGAGACAUCCAGGCAGUCAAACACUUGCUGUUACUCAUUGGCCCCCUUCUGGAGAUACAGACAGAAAUCCAGCCAAUCAGGCAGUCCCACAGAGAGACAGACAGAAGAAGAGAAAGUGAGAAGGAGGUGAGACAGAGGGAGGGUGCAAACAGAAAGAAACAGGAAUGGGUGAUGAGGAGUGAAGAAAAAAGACAUGAGCAUUUAUAAACAGAAAAAAAGAGCGAGAGAGAAAGAGCAGUUAGAUGGGGAAGACAGGAUGACAGGAUGAAAGACAGUGAAGACAGUGUUGUUUAACCUUUUCUCCUUUCACCGUGUCAGACCAGAUGUCCCGUCUGUGUGAGGAAUCAGCAGCAAUUACUAUCUCUGUGUGUGUGCGUUUGUGUGUUUAAGCAUGUGAGUGUUUGCUGUUUGUCCUAUAUUCUCCUCCCACGAUCAACAUUUCUGGAAUAGUUUCAGGCUGGGGUCACACUUCACUGUACUGCCCAAAAAGGCCAGUCGGCUGUGGCUGACGCUGUGUCUGCUUCCUUCCCUGCACCCUCACUCACUGCACUCUUACAUGUAAAUCAGCUCUGGCAUUAUGGGAAUACUUCUUCAUUUAAACCAGUAUUCCUCCUCUGCUGUCUCUGCAUUAGCCCAAUCUUGCAAUGCAUUAGCUUGUGCACACAUCCAUUAUAGCCAAGUUAUUAAUUAUGUAUUUGUCUCUACUGUUUGAUCAACAUUGAUUUGGACAAGGUUAAUAGUAGAUAAAGGAUGUCUGAGAACAAGAGGAGGAGAGAGGCGAUUUUUCUUCUAAAUCUAUGAUCUCUCUCUCACAUUUAUAGACACACACAUACAGAUCAUAUACUAGGGCCCGACCGAUAUGGAUUUUUUGGGGCUGAUGCCAAUACCGAUUAUUAGGGAGGGGGGGAAUCAGAUUACCGAUUAAUCAGACGAUUUUUUAAAAUUUUUUAUUAAGUUAUAAAAUAUAUAUAUAUAUAUAUAUAUAUAUAUAUAUAUAUAUAUAUAUAUAUACUGUUGAUAUCUACACUGAAGGCUACUGCUCUUCACGCCGACAGGAAGAUCAACUGAUCAAACUCGGACCAGAAAGUAAGAGAAGUAGCUCGAUCACGAAAUGUGUACUGUUGUUUAUUCUACCGUUUCUGGCAGGGCUAACAGUGUAGCAAGGCUAAUAGCAGAUGGCUAACUCUAGCUUUAGCUUGCAUAUUACGUGGUGUUUCACCGUUAACUCGGUAUGACUAAGACCAGCACAGCGGGGAACAUCGUGAAGUGGGGUGAACGAAAAGUUUUCAAAUGGUGGAACAUUUUUGAAGUGAAACCGAAUCCUAUUCUCCCUAUUUUAUUUCUGAAAAUAUCGGCGAAAAUUGGCGAGUUUUGGCCGAUUACCAAUUAGUCUCAAACAGGCUAAAAUUGGCCGAUUAAAGACAUCCGCCGAUAAAAUCGGUUGGGCCCUAUCACAUACUGUAUAUUUUUUACAACACAUUAAUCUCUAUACAGAGUUCUACAUUUUCUGUGGCCCUCCUCCUCCAUUCAUCCUCCUUUUACUUAUCACCUUUGCUUAUUUUGCAGAUGUGGAUGUCAAAGACAUCCUAGGACAACAUAAGCCACACACACACACACACACACACACACACACACACACACACACACACACACACACACACACACACACACACACACACACACACUAAAGAGCCCAAGAGCUUCUGGGCAGAGGAGUGCAGACAGGAAGGGAUGAGAGAGAAAAUCAACUAUAUUGAUUUAGGAGGAAGUUGAGAAAGUGAGGCAGACACAGACAGAGGCAGGAAGAAAUCAGACAGACAGCACAGAGAAAGUGACUGAGCCAGAUACAGGGGGACAUAAGUGAGAAGAAGAAGGGAGAGGAAACAGACGGCUAAAGUGACAAGGUGAUUGCUGCUAAAAGAACAACAACAACAACGACUCAACGGAAAGCAGAUCUUUUAAAGGUUGAAGACAGUGAUGGAGAUUCUUAACAAUGGGGGUUGAGCAGUAUCAGUUUUUCAACAGCAGAUACUGAUGCUCAUAAUGACAGUCGGGUCAACUGAUCGCUGAUAUUUAAUGUGCCAUUGAUGCCUUUUUUAUCAUAUGAUAAAUAUUAGGGCCUGACCAAUUUAUCGGUGAGCCGAUUAAAUCAGCCAAUUUUAGCCCGUUUGAGACUAAUCGGUAAUCGGCCAAAACUCGCCGAUUGUCGCAGAUAUUUUCAGAAAUAAAAUGUGGAGAGUAAGGUUCGGUUUCACUUCGAAAAUGUUCCGCCAUUUGAAAAGUUCCCUGACUUAUCCUGUAGAUGGCGCACGACCUCAUGACAAUCUUCAUCCACUAACUACCUCACAGCACAGUAGAGUGACGGAUCUGAAGCAGGCAGCUCAGGGACGCACAGAGGAGAGUGGUCCGCCUCAACGGUAAAUAAACCAGUUUGUGAAAUACAUAAUAAGUCAACAAGUUUCCGUUCAACCCACUUCACGAUGUUCCCCGCUGUGCUGGUCACGCCUGGUUAACGGUGAAGCACCAUGUAAUAUGCAAGCUAAAGUUAGAGUAAGCAACCUGCUAUUAGCCUUGCUACAUUGUUAGCCGUGCCAGUGAUGGUAGAAUAAACAACAGAACACAUUACGCGAUGAUGAGACCGGACUGGAAAUGUGUAAUGUCAGUUAAGAUGCAAAAGACAAAAAGCAGCGUUGAACUCCAUUACUCUACACCUCAGAGCAGAAUAUGUAUUCAACACUUGUCAGUAACUGUUAGAUUUUAACUGCUGUUAUUUAGGAUGGGAGAGAAACUCAAUAUCAUUUAAGAGGAUGUCAAUGUUGCUUGAAAGCAGCCGCACUGACAAGGCUGCCUGCAGUGUCUGAAGACAUGAGUUGUUUAUUUUUGUGACUGACCUCAUGAGCCCAGAUAUCAGCCAAUGGCUAUGAUCCAAAAAUGCCAUUAAACUGCCCAAUUCAUCAGCCUGACCUAUUAAUCGUUUUGUCUCUAUCAACGACACUUUUUCCCGCUCUCUGAAUCAGUCGCUGUUGUUUGAAGAGUUAGGAGCUGCUUUGUGAAUGAUCCAUGUGUGUGCAAAAUGAAAAAGCAAGCACACAGUAAACAUAAAAUCAUUCAGAGAGUAGAGGUGCCUUUGGGGCCCAUGAGUCACAGUUAUGUCCCCUUAUUUCAGCCUGUAAAUGAAAUGUCUGUCAUAGACUGAUCUGUAGUUUAGAAACACAUAGAAGUGGAUGUAAACACAGGAAAUACUAUACUUUGUUAUAUAGAUUGGACAAUAAUUACACAAUUUUCAACAAUAGUCAGCCCCCCCUUCUCUUCCUUUUUAAAUAGUCUAUCAAACUACCCCCCUUUCUCACACAAACACACUAACACACACUCACAGAAACACUCUGGUCUCCUCGGGAUAUCCUGCUGUUUGGGUACUCUACCACCCAAACCACAAAAACAGGAUGUGAGUGAUUGACUGUUUUUCUUUUUUCAUUUAUUUAUUUAUUUAUUUUUUACUGUAUGUGUGCUUAAUAUUAAUAGGAGCACUUCCACCUCACUCAGACCACAUACAAAGGGUAGAAGGGUUGCCAUAGCGACGUGCAGUUCAGGUGGUUGUCAAGUUAUGACAGCACAGAAAGGACGAUGAAGGGAUGAGAUGUCUUGGAGGGAAGAAAAAUUGGGACCUCAGGGGGAGAGGAUGAAAAGAGCGAGACAAAACAAGAGUGAGGAGUGCAGGGUUCAAAAUAGGAAGGAAAGUAAGGGAAGGUGUCAGAGGGGGGAAAGGAAAGCUAGAAAUUAAAUUAAAGGUAAAAAUGAACAUAAAUCAGAAAUUGUCAAACUCAGCACCUCAUAAAUCAGUCACUUCAUUCUGAACUCAUUGCUCCAUACUGAAUAUUAAAGGCACUGUGGGAAAUACUGAACUGGUUGGAGAAACAGUUACUGAUGCCUCUUGAUGACCUUGAAAAGUAAACCAGACUAUCAUAAAGAAGACUAAUAAAUACUCUGCAGUAAGUUUCAAUGCUGAAGAUAUACAGGAACAGCGAAAAACGCCCUGCAGAUAUUCACAAUGAGUAAUAUAAUUUGCUCUGGAAAAACAACAGGAUGAGAUUUUUGUCUUAAAACACGUCUUUCACAUGUACUGUAUAUACCAAGAGAUGUGAGAUAUCACUUUGUCCACAGGAGGCCUCAGUAUCAACACAAACUAAAGGUUCACCGCAGUUCCUCACAGCAGCUCUAAGUUGAAAGAUCCACCCCGUCCCCCCUGUGAUUUCACACUUGGGACAUUUUUAGAGUUCGAAUCUACAUGGUAAUGAUUAGUCUGUGGAACUGCAGUACUGACAACCCAUUUGCUCACCAAGACACGCUUCUAGUUAACUGAUUAACAGCUAAGAUCCCUCAGGUUCUCACAGGUUUCACAGAGCAGCUUCUUAAGUCAGAUUCAAGCAGACACUCAUCGCUACAGAAAGCUCAAAGGCUCUUGUGUCAUAUAUAUAACAGUUCCUUGCACUGUUUCUCCUCUUCUUUGCUAACCUGGUGCACAAGCAAGCUCAGCAUUAUGCUGUACAUUUCAGAAAACUGAAUUCUUGGACCCGAGUCAGCCUUGGUCUUUUGGGGAGCUUUGUUUGGUCUAUCUUUGUCCGUCUCUGGUCUUACUCAGGUCACAGGUUUUUGUGCUUAGACUCAGUCUGUGCAUGUUUGAUGCCAAGAAAGGAGCUUUUCUCGUCAGAUGGAGGCCAUCCUAACAAUGUGAAAUCAGUUCACCUGCAGAUUCACUAUUGGCUUUACAUUCAAAAACUAUUUCCUAUCCUUUUAAACUGCUUGUGAAUAGCACCCAUCCCAAUACAAUUCUGCUUUAGGGGCUGAAAGUAAAAACUGAAAGUAGUUCAUUGCAUAAAUAAAACACCUCAGAUUUGAUCAUAAGCCGAUGAGAUGCUUCAACUGCUAAUCCGUUGACAAAAAUCUUUAUUUAGAUUACAGUUAUCAGAGUUAAAGGAAGUUGACACAUUUAUGUCAGAACUUGUUGAAAGUCUGAUGAUUUAUUCCACCUCCUGCUGCAACAGAAAGAGUCCUUAUAAUCAACUGUAAGUCCUGUAAAAGAUCAUACCCAUCCACUGACUACAGCACAGCUACAAAAGCUGUAAUGUCUUCCUCAAGCUGUUUUACCAGUUUAGUUUCUGUUUUUGUUCUGAGGUGAACAAUUACAGUUUACAGGAUCCUUAUCGACAUGAAUUCAAGCUCUUUUAAGUGAUCUAGAUCAAUUGGCUCAGCAAGAAUUGUCUCUUUUGGAUUCCAGACAGCCCUUCGUAGUAUUGCUCAUGUACAAGAGCUUAUUUUUUGAGCCGAGCCAUGUGGGACCUACACAUCACUAGGCUUCCCAGCUCACCAUAGGUACUUUGAGCUGCCUCUUUGCUACAUUCCUGCAAUGAAGUCAGGUUUGGAUAAUCCUAACUUAAAUUAACUUCCACAUUGAAAGCUGAUGAAAAAUAUAUGACGAUAGUUAAUCAACAUGCUUAUAAUGUCCACAAGGGGGCGCUUGUUUUGUUCCAGGAGGACUCUACUUGUUGAUAAAAGUGUCACUAUGAAAAAUUGCCUUUCCUUUAAUUCAAUAGCUCCACUCAUUGCGCCUGUUUUUAUGGAUUCAAGGUUUGACCCCGUUCUUAUCAGUGAAUGUGGAAAACCUCAACACCAGAGUUAAACUGAUGAGGAGCAGUGUGGGGUUGAAGUAAAGCUGUCAAAUCAUUCCUCCUGUCAGCCUGCCAGUUCACAGUCAGUGGCUGUCUCAGCCGUCAGUCACUGUCCUCACUUAACCCCCAUCCCAGCACUCAUGUAUAAUACACACACACACAAACAAAAACAAAUGAUCACUGUUCAUUCAGCAGGAAGGCAAUUAAAGCCCAGCCGCUUUUUGCAGUUUUUAAAUUGUGUCUGUUCAGCCCUCCUCUCCACACACACUCUCUUUGUCUUUAUUUUCUAACAAACACAGUCUCACAGUCUUUCAUCAAAACCACCCACACCCACUCCACCCUUCCCCAAAGAGACAGAGAGACACAGAGAGAGAGAGAGUUUGGCUAUUGCUAAAGCAAACGUGUUUCCUCGUGCUAUGGACAGAGCCAUGGCUUCCCCUCUUCGUGUGUGUGUGUGUGAACUGACUCCAUGUGGUACCUUUUAGGCUUUUGCACCUUUCUCUGGAACUUACGUCAAUUGGCGAGCACAAGCUAACCAUUACCUCAGGUAACCGACACAGUUAGUAAGGUUACAUCCUCUCCAUGUAAGCUUACACUUUAUUAACUCCUACAAAAUCCGCACCCUUCUGGCUGGCAAGGGAUGCAGAGGUAAUAGUAGGGAGUUGUUUUAAACCAAGCUUUGAGGCUUGAAAAACAAAGUCUGGCUCUUAACUUCCUGCAGAGGAUUUAACUGGUGGGUGCCAGGGGUCACUGGGCCGCUGUCUCCCCCAGGACGCAAGUCGUAUGUCAGCUGCAAGGAGCUGAAUUUUAGGUCCAGGGAAUGACACUCUGUGAAAGGUAAAAGAAGGUCAGGAUGAGAAAGACAGGAGGUGAUUCAAUAAGAUAUGUACAGUAUAACAAGAGUUGGAAACAGAGGAGUGGAAAUUCAAUAACAGAAACCAGCUUGAGUGAAUGAGAGACACAAGGAGAGUUAAUGAUGGGGAGAUAUGAAAACAGACCAGGGAGACCAGAUUUGCAUGCAGAUUCAAAUGGAGGGUGAUGAAACAGAUAAACAGCAAAAUAUGUUUUGGAAGAACGUAAUGUAAAGUUUGUUCCUGAGAUUUGUUUGUCCUAAUUAAGUUGUUGUUGUUGUUGUUCGUAAUGAGGAUUAAAGCACACAUUCAUCCAGAGGCACACAGGCGGAGUGAGUCUGCGAGUUGUCGCUACUGACACAGUGACCCAGUCCACAAGAUGUAGGUUACACUUUCUUGCAAGCCCUCGGGUUUUCUCCUCUUACUCACAGGAGCUGACUAGGGACUCACUGAUGCUGACGCAGAGCUGAUCCAUUUUGUAGUGGGAAUGUUUACUGAGGGCAAAAGCAAAUAUUUUGAUGAUGUGCUUGAAACAGAUUUAUGGCGACUGUUGACAGGCAGACAUUACUUUUGACCUAACUUCCCAAGAAAUACUUAAAUAUGUACUGUGCAAAGUAUGAAAAGCAAAUGCCCAUGAUUUUUGUCAAUCCAAUAGGGGUGGGAGAAAAAAUCAAUUCGCACAAGUAUCUCAAUUUUUUAAUAGAUUUUUUUUUGUUAAAAAAUCGAUUUUUUUGUUGAAAAAUCUUUUUUUUUUUUUUUUUUCAAAUUAAAUCUUAAAAACUGAAUUACAUGAGAUGUGUAUUUUUUGUAGGAAACUAUGGUUCCUGGAAUAGUCAGUAGACAAUCAUAAUCAUUCAAAAGUUUCACUGGAGUUAGAAAUGCAGACUAAAAAUUGAGAAAAUCGACAUUAUCAUAGAAUCACAAUUUAAAUCAAAUCGGCAUCCCAAAAAUCGCAGACGAGUCAAAUCAGGAGAAAAGCACAACUUCCAAGCCCUACAAUCCAAAUAUGAUUUGAUAUGUUACAAAACAAUAUACUACAAUACAAAACCACAUAAUACUGUUUGAUAUGAAACAUUAAGAUGUGCUGCAAGGCAAUAAAAUAUACGAUACAGUAUAAUAUAAUAUACUAGGGUAACUGUUAUCUGAUAAGCUGUCUUUGUUGUCAACAAUACAAUACAGUGAUUCUGAGGUAAUGGAUAAAUUAUACGUCAUCAUUUAAUGACACAUCACAAUACCUGAUAAUGAAAGAAUACAAAAUGCCCCUAAAAGGUUAAAUGUAGGAUAAAUACAGUCUGUGCCAACAAGAGGGGUCAUGCAGUAAUGAUACUGCUAGUCAAAUUUGAAGGGAAAUCUGUUUGAGCACCAGAUAAUAUUGUUUAACAGUGUUGUUUGGUGCUAGACAUACGGACACAUGACAAUAUUUUGCCACAUCGACAUUUUUUCCCACUCCAAAAUGUAUAACAUGCUCAACAAGUAUUAAUAAACCAAAUAUUUGACCGAUAAACUUCUAUUAUGUUUUGUCUAACCUCUCCCUUGUCUGUUACUUGUCUGUUUUAUGAGGAGUCAGCGUAUUAUUUGAGUUAUUGCAAAUCAGAUGGAGUAAAAUCAAAUUUUAAAACAGUAAAUGAUGUUAUCGAAAUGUUUCUAAGUGCCCCAUUUUUAUUCUUGUGCUUCCAGGCUCUGCAGAAGUUAGCAAGCCAGUACUUGAAGAGAGACUGGCCUGGGAUCAACCCCGAUGACCAGAGAACAGACUACAGGUAUGCCUCUUUAUAUGUCCGUGCAUGUGAAUAAAACCUGUCAGUUUUUAUCCAUAUUCCUCACAAAGCAAACAAGAAAUAAUUUUUGAGAUCUUGCAGACAUCUCAAAUAUCGUUUCACCUACAGUCUGCUACAGCACUCAUAACAAUCUGUGCUUGGCGAGAUUGAAGAAAAGAGCACAGUAUGGUCUUAAGCACAUUUCUGACUGAGUCAUUAUUUACUGUAACAGAGGCAGUGGAAUAUAAAACCUCCAGCUGGAUCCAGCUGGCACUAAGUCCGCAGAUCUGUCUGGUACUAGUUUUGUGUUUGUUUAUUCUUGCUAUUACUGCAACAUUUCUACACAAAUAUGUUGCCCUUCCAGGUGCAUAAACAGUUCUCAGGCCCACAGUGGCAGGCACACAGUGUGGAAGGGAGUCGAAAGUCAGCCACUCUGCGGGGAGGACUUAGUUUUCUAAACAAUUACUCAUCAGAGUGCAAUUUUUGGAAGUGCAGUGACCCAGCAUUUUUGUGCAUUUUCUCUCUUAACUAGGAAUGUGUACGCAGUAUGGAGGUCCUAUUUAGAAGGUACAGUGCAGGUGAGUCAGUCCAGGCUCAACGUAUGUGACAACUACAAAAGCCAAGUGUCAGAGCCGUCAAAGACAGUAAGACUCUACAAGGAGCAGCAGCUGAAAAAGGUGAGUGAAUCUGUCCAAGGUGGUAGUUAGUCAUCGUUUCCUAAGGCUGUCUUUGUUCUCUAUCUCUCUUUGCUACAUCUGUUUAUGCACUCACACUGAGUUGACCUGACACAUGUUGGUCUGCUCUUUUCUCUGACAACCUGCCUGUUUUCUUUUUUUUCUCCUUCACAGACUAUAGACCAGUUGAGUGGCAUUCAAGCCGAGCUGCAGGAGUCAGUGAAAGAGUUAGCCAAAGCCAAGAAAAAAUACUAUGACUGUGAGCAGGUUGCCCAUGCCGUACGAGAGAAGGCUGACAUAGAGGCCAAGUGAGUUCACUAAAGUGUGGUGCGAGUGUGUGUUGGUAGGGCCGCGCAUGAAUAUAUAUAAAAAAAUUUGACUAAACAGACGGCCCAGAUUGUCAGAAAAAAUAACAUCAAGGGAGGAAAGCUGGCUAACCUCACAGGGAGUGUUAGAGAGGAAGAGGGAGAGCAUAUCUGAGCAGGUUGAAAGAUGCAGUCAGUCACAUACAGAAGUAAAGCUGUGUUUUUGAUGGUCGGACAAAAAAGUACAAGAAAAUGGGAACAAAAUCUGAAGAAAAAGUACAAGAUUUUAGCCUGCUAGUAUUGGCAGGUGCUGUUCAAUUUAACCAUUAAAACAUAAAUUAAAUCUGAGGACAUUAGAGAACCAACAUUUUUUUGAGAAUUAAUUUCCUCAGAUUAGAUUUCAAAGCUCUGUGAGAUAUGACAUUUAGCUUUGCAGUACUGCAGUUAAUAUCAAAGUUAGAUCCAGAGCUGAUGAAUGUUAUUUCCCUCCAUGCCUUAGGUAGCAGCAGCAGCUUUGGUGACAUUUUCACUUCAGUGAAUUCUCUGCUACGGUUAGCUCCCACAUCGAUCGGCCAGUGGAGUCUUUUCUGUUCUCUAUCAUUCAGGAGAAAGAUACAGACACAGAAAUUACCGCGUUGCUGUUGUGCUAUUAUGGGAGUGUAUAAGUGUGUGUGCGGAGAGAAAUGUCGAGACAUUAGUCAUUGUUUGGAACGGAGAACACACAGGGAGAAAGUGGUGUAAAUGCAGACACAACACACACACACGCUCACUCACUCAUACUUUGGAACAGAAGUCAGCACAUAGAGCAGGGACAGCAAAGUAAAAACAAACCAUGCGAAUUCACACAUGUAGGCAACCCACCAACAUUAUCUCACAGUCUUAAUAUAUUUUGUGUCCAUGUGUGGGAAAGUUCAUCAGGAACACAUGUUGUGUUUUUGCACAUGUAAGCACAGUAGCGCAGAGAAAAAAAAAACAGACAGCACAGAAACACCCACAUGCACACACACACAGACAGGCUCACUCCAUCAUUUUCUGUGGCGGGUCUCUUUGAAGUCACCAUUGAUAUAAAUCAUGAUGCAUGGAUCAGGCUGCGAUUUAUUGCUGUGAAGCUCCAGCCUGCUCGGGGUCAAUAUAUGGAGGCUGUUCUGAAUCACAGGCAAAGGAUCAGAGUAAUAUAAUGCCAUUCAGAUACCUUAAUCUGUUUGUCCUUCAAACCUCACCUUGAUGUUCAUUUAUGUUUAAUUGAAUCCAGAUUGCACGUAGUAAACUGCCAACAGGACUCUGACUUUGUACUCAUCUGUUUCAUCAAUACUCAAAAUCAGACCAUGAUACAUAAUUCAUGAUCAUUUACUUCUUUUUUUCUCUGUUUUGUUUCAUCAGGUCUAAAUUGGGACUGUUUCAAUCAAGAAUUAGUUUACAGAAAGCAAGUGUAAAGGUAAGAGGCCUCUCACUAAAACACAAACUCAACACUUGAAUUUCUUCCUCAGGCAGAGCUUUCAAGCAGACGCUUUCAAGCCGCAGCGCAUCAUCAGAAAUAGUUGCUUCGCUUUGGUUUUCUGUUGAACCCAUAACUUAAAAGAGACUCCUCUUGUUUACUCUUAAAUGCGGCACUGCUGUGUUCUGUUGUCUCUCCUUCAGUUGAAAGCGAAGAGGAGUGACUGCAACUCAAAGGCGACGCAGGCCAGAAAUGAUUACUUGCUGACGCUAGCUGCUGCUAACGCUCACCAUGACCGGUACUACCAUACAGACCUACUGCACUGCAUACAGGUAACAACAUCAAGAUUAAUGUGAAGAAUUGAAAGUUACGAACAGCGGGAGAGAAGCCUGAGUCCCUACUUUCAGUGUGGACUUUGAAUAAAACAGCAUAUUUGUACAAAGAAUCCAGGCAGCUGAAAUAGCAGUUUGUAACACCGUGAGGGCUUUUUCCUUUAACUGAAAUAACUGACUUCCACCAGGAAUCUCACACUCUGAAAAUACCCAGAGGGAUACCCAGGAAUGGGGACACACUUUUGAGUUCCACAAUUCAAAGUAGGGAGCUUCUUUGAAUUAAAGCUCAAUUUGGAAUAAAAUGUUUUCAUAAGCAUGCAAACUCAGACUCCUUUGCUGAAUUACUGAGGUAGUUGGGGGGGUAAAUAUCCAACAUGAAAAGGGAAUAUUUCACAGCUGUGAGUCUUCAAAGAGAGCCACUGAGUUCCCUGGAUUUAUGAUUUAAAGGGGUUUAUGUGAGGAAAAUGAGCCACCCUGAUGUCUAUUCUAACCAAAUGAUUGGCAAGCAUGAAAUUACGUUUUCCACCGUGUUGAAUGAACUGAGACAAAUUCCAACAUAGUCUGUCAUUCUCACUCAGUAAUAGUUUAAAUAUAGAAUGGAUUAUUUGUCGGUGAAUCAGAUCUUGUUGCCUCAUAAUCACAUCAAACACCUUAAUCUGACAUUAAGUUCGUGCAUCACUGAGUGAGUGUUUGUUUUUUACUGUGGGACCAUUAUUUUUAAUACGCUCAAUUGUGAGUCAUCUUAGUCAUAUCCCAGCCCCGCAAGUAAUCAUGUUAAAGUACGUUCUGCAACAUAAAGCGCAAUUGUAACGCAGACGCCAGAUUUCUGUCAACUCUCGUAUUUCUUUCUGACAUAGCUGUCAGAGGCUGCUCUUUACGAGUGUGUGUGUGUGUGUGUGUGUUUGACUUUACUGUCACAUAUUUAUGAAUUAAAACCAAGAAUACAUCGGACCACUAUACAUCAAAAUGAUUACAAGACGAGUAUCUCUGGGUGCUUAUCUCAGCCUGAACGUCGAUUAAUCAUCAAAACUAAAAAAAUGAUGGAGAUGAUUCAGGAUUUUUCUACCUGGUCAUAAUCCAGGUAUCACACACAAACACACACACACAGAGUAAGCCCACUCUGUUCACAGACAGACACGCCCUCUGCUACUGAAUGAUGCUGAUGUCAUCCUUACUGUACUUACUGUUCAAACAUGUCAGUUCAACAUAAACUCAUGAACUCACCUGCACACAAACAUAGCGUGGGAUGUUUUCUUCGACUGAACAGUUAUUAGUUUCAGACAUGACACUGAUUUUUUUAGCUAAAAAUGGACACAUUUUGCAGCUGUGAUGUUGCUGUUGCUGCUGAUAUUAAUUGUAUUGUCUGUCUAGACUAUGAAAUUAAGUUAAUGUGUAAAUUAUUAUUAUUAUUAUGAUCUGUUUUAGUUUACUUUAUGCUGUUAUUUUCCCUCCCUAUAGAGAUUCUCCCCCCUAUCUCUCUUCUGUCUUUCCUCCCCCCUCACACUCACAUACUCUGCCGUGGGCACAUGCAAGCAUUGAUACUACGGGGCCAAUCUGAAUAAUAGAUCCUCAGCGCCUUGUGACAGAAGGACAAGACUGCGGGGAAUAAGCACAUACACAAAUACAUGAAUGCAAACACACAAAGAGGAAUAAGGGACAUUGCUCGAGGGAAGCAAUCUGCUCAUCCUGCCUCUUCCUUUGCAUUUUCCUUAUAUCCGGUGUUUACAGGUCUUCACCUGAAAGUCAGUGAUAACAGAACUCCUGACAGAGGGGAGGAAAAAUCUGCAUCACAAAAAAAGCCUCCCGUUCCUUUUAACUUUUAUGAGAGGAAUCUUUUCCUCCUCAGAGAUAUGUUGUGAAAUACAAAAAGGAGGAACAUCAAUAGCAGACACAAGAAUAGCAACAACAAUAUGCAUAAACAAAUCAGAACAAUUCAACCCAGAAAGCUCUCGGCUACUGAGUAAAUCCACAGAAAAAAGGUUGUAUGAGCUUUUUUUGUUUCAUUUUUCUUUCUAUAAAGUAUAUUGUGCUUUUACUGCUGCUGAUUUCACAACAGUAAACAUUGAUCAGCUCUGUUAAACUUGAAAGUUAUUUAUAAAAACUGAUUUAAAGAUAGAUAUAAAAACCCAGACAGUGUUAAACAUAACAAAGCAAUCUCCUAAACAUGAGGUAUAAGGUGACUGGCUGGUUUGAAUAUUAGCUUUGUUUUAUAAAUCAGAUGAAUGCCCCUACUCUGAAAACAUGUAUUUAAGACUGAGAGCUACUGUCCUUGUCAAUGCGACAGUCACAGGGAAAGGGCAGUGUAAGGAAAAGACAGCUCCACAUCUCCCUCUGCUGUUGGCAGGGGUCACUUUUGUUGUGCAUCUUGAAAACUAAACACACACUCUCACAUUUCCACCUCUGCUGCCCUGUCUGAUCCACUACUCCAUACUCAUUAUUCGUACUGUUGAAGGCAUUCAAUCCCAAAACACACACACACACACCGAGCAACAAUUUGAGUAUGGGACUUUUUUUCUGGAAGCUGACUCACUCCAUUACAACACUACCCUAAAAGGAUGAAAGAAGGAGGGGAGGAAGGGGAGAGAAAGGGGGAGGAGGAAAUGAGCAGAAUGAUGGGGGAACAUUAAGAGAGAAGUCAGCCAACAACACACCCUAAAUGACAUAAUUACCCCGUCAGGCAGCCAUUGUUUUCAGUCUGUGUUGUGUGUGAAAAUCUAACAUUUGGGUGGUUUAUGUGCGUAGUUAAAAAAAUAUGUCUCCAUGUGUUUUGGCAUCUAAGAGUGACUGUGUGUAUUGGGAGGAGGUUGGUUGGAAACAUCCCCUGGCCAGCAGAGAGCGAGUGCAGGUUACUGAGAGUGUGAGCUUUUAUAAAGUACUUUGGCAAGAGAGCAUGAGUGUCUGAGUAUUUCAGAGUCAGUGUGUAUCUCUGUGUACGUGUGUGAAUGCGUGUGUGUGUGUCUGCGGUUGCUCUGUGUGUUGUUGAAUUGGAAUCUGAACCCCUUCACCUUCCCCUGCAGCUGUUAGAACACUAUCCAAAGAACACUUCACACACACAGACACACACAAAUACACGCAGACACACAUAAACACAGAAUUUUGUCUGUCUGUCUGUCUCUUUUUCUUGCUCUCUCUCCCACUAAUACCUUUCAUGUUUUUUCAAACGCUCACUCUUCCUCCCUUACCUCCUCUCCUCUUCCUCUCCAUCAGCCCCCCCUACCCUGUCUGAUCUGUCUCUUUGGCAGCGUGGUCCUCAGCUUGGCAGCACUUCCUCAACUCCCCAAAGAAAUGUGGUUCAUUUGGACCGCAUACUUCAUUAAAAUGUCUUUAUAUCAUAGCAUCAGAAAGUCUAAUGAUAAGAGCGGUCAAAUGAAAACAUCUGCUCGGUUUUUGUCCUUCCUUUUGCCCCGCUGCCACCUCGCCCUUGCGGUGCAUUGUCUGCCUCACUCUUUUUCCAUCUGUUUGCCUUUUUCUUUCUUGGUCUAGUUUACUUCUUAAAAUCUAUGUUCUUUGUUCUGCAGUAUUAGGCAACAUAAUUCAAACCAGAUUUAGAGUAAGAAAACUUAUUGGAGUUGUCAGCCUGUGCGGUAAGUUGGGAAGUGUUGCUCUUUGUGUGUGUGUGUGUGUGUGUGUGUGUGUGUUUGUGUCAUACGCACUUGUCAGUUGAAUUAAUUAUUUCUCGAAUUUAAACACCCACACAUUUGUUUUGUUUUUUUAAAUCACUCUGUCCUAUUAAAACACAAGUCUGGGUGGGGCUAUACUUGGAAAUAUGCGAUGUCACUCAACUGUAUCGACCAAUAGGAAUCAGUGCAGGGUAAAUUGCUUUGCUAUGGCUUGCAUGAGAUUGCCAUCAAUGGAACACAGCCAUUCAUUUAUUCAGACUGUAAAAGUGAAAACACUUGUGCGAUCAGACUAUAGGUGAUCAUUAUUUCGCUUUCAGAUUUGGCAACAUGCCUAGGGUUUACUGUUUGACUCUUGCAGUGUUUUAAAUUCUUGAUAAUGUGGUCAUCAUGUGGUUUUCUACAUUAGCAGAUUACCUGUUUCCUUGAGGCUGUUUCCUCCUCCUCCUCAGAUAUGUUUAUGACAGUUUAAACAAACCCGUAAAUUAGGCGUUACUUAUUCAGUGCCGCCAGGAGAAAAAGUGUUAAAACUUUAACUAAACAUACUUUUCUUUACUUUGAAGCUAGUCCCGUAAACAAAGUGACACAACUUUAUGGCACACCUUUGCCAGAGGGUGGUACUCCAGACUCUAAAUCAACAAAGUGAGGACAGUGACAGGUAUUGUUAUUUUGUUAUUGUUAUGGUUAGACUUCCAGUAAUUACCUAGUCUGAGGUGAACGACCUUGGAAAUCAACUGAUGAAAUAACGACAUGGUUGUGCACUGUGGUGUGGUGGUAAAAUUCAGCAACCAAAUAUCUACUUUGCUAAAUCUUUUGUUGUACCUGGCUGUGUCCAUCUCUUCUCCCCUUCUCUUUCUUUGUUUCUCUUCCUUAUUCUCCUAAACUCUUGACUUUAUUAUUAAGGAUUAGGGAAUUAAUCCAGACUUCCCGGUCACCUGUGGUCCUUCUCUGUCUUGUUCCCUAGGCUCUGGAUGGCAGGAUCUAUGAGCAUGUGAAAGACUACCUGGUAGCGCUGUGUCGGACCGAGCUGGAAGCCUACCAAGCCACACACAACACGUACCAGUUCCUGUUGGACAAAUCCACCAGGGUGAGUCACAUUUUCUGAGACCUCCCUUGCCUCUCUUCAUGAGUGAGAUUUUAUAAAAACAAAGUUUCAAGAUCUCAAAGCAGACUGUGCAGGGUAUACGCGUCAAUCAUCUUGACAUCAUAGCAUGAUCAAAUGCUUGUUUUGUCAAAACAAAAUGCAUUUUUCCCCGGCAGAAUGAAUAAGAAACGUUGACAUUUUUAGUUCAUUUUUUUAAAAGCAGGUUCUAUUUUUCUAACAUGACAGAGUAGAGGGUGUUUUUUUCACUUACAGCAGUUUAAUGACAGCGGCGCUAUGUUUAGGAAUGCAGGAACACUAACAAGAUGCUAUAUUUCAAAGGAAACCAAACAAAAGAAGGCAAAAAGCACCGUGUGUGUGAAAAACUGUUAUGUCUGUAAAGUUUGGAGUCUGCUCCAAAGAAGAUGGGAUGUAUAACCACAAUAUCACACCUCGAUUGGCUUUCAUCAACAUCGUAUAUGCCGGCUAGAAGAGCUUAUUUGAACAGGUCUCAGUGUUCUUUCACCACUGGUCUGCACAGAUAUGCAUUUCUUUCAGUUUCAAACUUGCCUAUAGCUUUUCUACUUCUUUGUUUUGCCAUAAGGAAGUUCCCUUAGCUGAACUUAGAUGCUGUUCUACCUGAUCUUAUUUCCAUUAAAGUGACACUAUUAAUGUCGAAUUCUCAAAUCCAUGUAAGAAUUUAGAAAACUCACCUGCUGUUGGCUUGAAAUUUGCCUGAAUCAUGUUUGCAGUUUGCUCCAUAACCAGAUCAGAAGCUGCGGUGAGCAAGCGUGGAGUCACUGAUCUCACAGUGGAUGUUGAUAUUUACAAGUUCUCUCAACAGGAAAUUUGCAUAAAAAUGUCCUUGAUAUAUCCUUCUGUCUUCUUUUCCAGAUAAUACAGGAGUUCAACCAGCAGCUGUUCAUGCAGGAGAAUCCUGUAUUUCACAAAGCUCACGACUUCCAGUUCCAGCCCAGUGAAUGUGAUACGGUGAGACACACAAAAAUCCACUGGGUUUAUAACAUGACUUAUUUCGCUGGGGGCUAUUGAGCUUAAAGUAGUUUGUUGUUUAUUUGUGUCGUUUGUAUUUGAACCGGUUCACACAGUAGAACAGUUACUCCAUUUCUCCCUGUCUAUUUCAAACACAUAUUGAUAUGCGCUCCGAUGACCAUCAACCUCUCGUGUCCUUAUUUCUGGGCUUCUCCCCCAUCCUCAGUUCUCCUUCUAGUAUUGUAUUUUUACGUCAGCGCUUGUAGUCCUUGGCUUGUCUUAAUCUGUUGAAUCUCAACACAGAAUUCAUUUAUCUUACACUCUUGUGAUUUUCAAGAGAGCCCCAUCAAUAGACGUGAGGCUUAGAGGUUUGCCAAGAUGGAAAUCAGAGAGCCAAAUCUCUGAUCAUUCUUUUACUCAAGAGAGAUUUUUGGCUCCUUCAUAACCAGUCUUAAGAGGUUUCUUUAUGUUAACAAUUCAGGAUGGAGCUGGCUGUCCCCCUUAACUAUUCACUGAUGACAGCAUGAUAGAAGCAUGAAUCUACUCUAUGUUAUUAUUAAUAAUUUCAACACUAAAUAUUACAUGUCUACUGGGAACUUUUCUUUCUUGUCCAAGUUUGCUUUUCACAUUGACAUAUUCUUGACUUAUUUUUAGUUUUUCCAACCAAGUCCGUACUUUACGAUAAAAAACAACAACAAAAAAACAAAAACAGAUUGUCCUGUGAAUCAGUAGAGUACCUGCAUGAUUAUACUGCAGCAGAGAGUAACAUGCUGUCUCACCCCUCUUGGGUCUUGUUAAGAAUUGCUGUCUAAAAGAAAGAGAUGUUUCCCAGUGGAUAUUAGUCCUACUUCUUCUGAUCUAUCCUGUUCUCCUGUGGCUGAGUCAUUUUGUGCUCAACUCUUUUCUGUCUUUUGGUACUUUCGCUUUUCUAUCACCUUGUUCUUCCACAUACUCUUUCCCGUCUCUGUACUUUCCUUUUUUCUUCCAUGUAAACUGGAACCACUAAGUACUACAACUUAAUAAUAAUAUACUUUUCCUUCCUCCUGUCUUCCUAAUCCUGUUGAACCUCUGCUAACACUUUUCCCUCAACUUCUUUUUUCCAUUAACCCCUCCUCGUGUUUGUGUGUGUGUGCUUGCACUGCUACUAUUGGGUGUGUGUGUGCGUGGCUGCUUGUGUGUGUGUGUGGUGUGUAUGCCAGACUCUGAGCUCGGUGCAGCAGUUGGUGGACAUAGAGCCGUCGCCCGUGAGUGCCAUGAGAAUGACCCUGGCACAGGUAGUCUCAACUGUUGUUAGCAACCCCUAUCUUCAUUUCUAACACAAACCAUGGAACAUCUUGAUUCAUGCACAUUGAAAUGUAUCUGUCUGUCCUGGUGAGCAUGUUCUGUAGGAGAUCACCUUUGUCUAAAUAGUUCUUGAUAAGAAGUUUAUAUCGCUGCCUGAUUUUUAUCGCAUGGUACCUUAUUGUUUAUUUUGCAUGGCAAUGGAAAUACUUAAUAUUAACCACCAUAUAUGUACACUUACCACAGAGCAUCUUUAAUCUCUUUCAUGGAACUCAACUUUAACUUUUGCAGCCCUGUGAGUGAAGGCAUCAUUCUUGUAAUGGAUCAAUAUCAUACACAUAAUAAACAAGUCAGACUUAUGAAUGCAUUACGUUUGAAGAAACAGCGGUAAUGGUGAUAAUAAUACAUAACUAAGUGCUAUUGUAGACAAUAUUGUCCUUUGUCUUAACACUGACAGUCACAAUUCAGUGUGGCAAGUAGCCUUAUGAUUUGAAUAUCGUGUCUAUCUCUCUUGGAAAGCAGCAUAGUUCAGUCUUCUUUUUUUAACAGAAAGCACUUAAGAGCCUUUACAGCAGCUAAUUUAUCAUGUGAGGAUAAAACAGGAGCAUGGAUAAUCAUUCAGAAAGGGUUGUAUUAGACAACUUUGUUAAUCUUGAAAAUUAUAGUCAGGUCCAAUUCCUUAAAUUGACCUAUCGAGCAAAAUGACUGCAGUAGUUACACAGAAGUGUUGCUCCUACCACAGCCCAGAUACACAGUUGAAAACAGUAUGCGCAAAUAGUUCAAACAAUUGUGUUGGCAUUGCAGCUGUGAAUUACUGGUUUAGAUGUAUUAGCAGUUAAAAUAACACACCUUACGUUUCCUGGUGUAGUCUGGUUUCGAAAAAUUGAUGGUGUUUCUCACUGAAAUUUGUGUGACAUGUUGACCAGCAAGAGAGCUGACACUUGUCAGGCCAAUGCCAAGUGAAGAAAAACAAAACAAAAAUGGUGCCUUAUGUCCACUUGAAGCUGAUUUCAAAAGCCAAGGAAUCCCCCAUAAUGUACAUAAUUAAAGGCCCAUUUUACUGCAAAAUUAUGAAUGCCAACUGUGUGGUUCAAAAAACAGUUUUGGUCUUAAUAGCUCAUUUUUUGAUUCAUACACAUUUUAGUGGGUGUAUCUUUUUAAAACUAUCUGUUGUAAAGAGACUGAUUUUAAGAGUUAUUUUCAUAAUAAGGAUGACAUCACUAAGAUUAAGUCCAUGUAUUUAACAGUUAAAGAUUUUAAAGAAAUAUUGAUCAAGAUACUGUUUCGCUUUUGAAAUUCUUUAAUUAUCUUCCAUCACCAUAAUUACCAAAAUUAUUGAAUUUCCCUUUGGGGAUAAAUAAAGUUAUUCUUAUUCUUAAUUUAAAACAUAGACAUUCGGCAUUCCUGUUGUGCUAAUAAAGUUCAUUCAAAUUCCUCUAAUAGAUUGUCAAAUUAUGCAACUUGUCCACAUCACAGUCAUAUUACUGUGGGAGCUCUUCAAAAGGCGUUGUCAGGUUUCUUCAUAGGAAUGACACAAGAAUGAUGUAUUUGAUACAUGCUGUAUGCUGUUCCAGCUGUCACACUUGUCAUGUGUUGGUGAGCCACACUGUCCGAGCACCAAACGACUCAUCAGAUGCUGUUACAUCAUCUGUUGAAACAUCACUCUGAUAUCAUUCCUCCUUUUGUCGACAAACGAGAUAAAUGUUUGGUGUGUGUGGUUUUUAUUUGUGGAGUGUUAUGGGUCACUGCAGGCAGAAUGACUGCCUCUGUUCAUGUUUUUUCUUUCUUUCUUUUUUUUUUUUUUUUUUUUUUGCUGUGUUGUUGUUAUGUGCAUAUUCUCUUUUUGGACUGUGUGAUUGCUCAGUCUUUUCCUGCCAACACAUCAAACCAGAAUCUGUGAAAAUGGUCCUGUAGUAUCGGGUUUGUACGGAAAAUCAUUCUUUUAGGAGUCUGCAACACCACAUUUAAUAAUACACAUGUAUUGACUGUAAAAUAAUGCUGAGAGUACAACUGGACUAGGUUUACAAACUCCAAAAGGUUCACCAAAGCCAUGCAUUCACUGCAGUGAGAAAGUUUGGCUGUCUGCUCCACUGAAGGUUUCACCCACACCCUUUCCCCCCUACUGCUUUUAAAUAUUCUGUUAAAACAGCUCACAUAGAAAUAACACUUCCUUGACUUAGGUGUGAUACAGGUACUGUUCAGUGUGAUUUAUUAUAUUUAACAGUACAGCAGUAUAUCCUUGCAAGCUGUGCUGAGAAAUCCUUCCAUAGAACACAGUAGGAACCCAUGUGUGAAGUGAUGAUUACCUUACCAGGAACAGACAUAACUCAAGUUUUGUUAGCCUUAAAACUUUCUUUGAGAGAAUGAAUUUUAAAGGAAAUAACUACAAAUAAGAUGUAAAAAUCACAGAAUAUGUGCACCCUGAAAAACUAGUUUUUAAAACUAGGCCUACAAUACCAUAACAGCAUGUCUGCAGUCCCAGGCAGACAGACAGACAUUGACACUUUGAGGUGGUUCAUUCUCACUUCGUCACCUCUGUGGUUCCAGAAUAACACUUAUGUGUCUGCAGUACUGUAGAUGACUAUUAUUAUGAUCGCAGAGGUUGUUAUUGAAGUACAGAGUGAUCACUGAGUUCACUGAACUAAACUUCACAUUUCUCUUAGCUGGCAGUCUGACUCUGACCGGCCAUAAUUUCUCCUCUGCUCACAUUUACAGUAGCUGCCAGGUCCAUUCCUGGGACCCUGACUUGAUAUAUGUAUAUCCUAAAUUGGCACAUUAACACAUUUGGAAAGCGUUCAGAUUAAUAGAGGUCAUAUUUGUUGAAGUUCCAUCCAACAUUGUGAUAAUUGAAACAUUUUUUAGCUCUGUAUUAGACCAAAUCUCUUAAGCAGACCAGCAGCUGUUUUGCAUUGACCAAACCCACAGUAAAAGAUGCUCCUGUACUGAACAAUUAGGGGGAAAUAUUUUGUUAAUCAGUGAGAAACUGAGUCAAACAGCCCCUAAAGAGAAAAUUUAAUUUUUUGCAUGCACUUUUUUUCCCAUUUUCUCCAACAUGUACAAGUUUGAAAAACAAACUUUUUGUAUGCGUGUACACCAGCAAAAUUAAACCAAUAAACAUUUGAGACACAAAUUAGCUUAGCUUCCUCCCUGACAUGUCUGUUCAGAGCCACCAUCCAAAUCUAGUUUUCUGCCUCUGUGCCUUAACUCCCUGCCUCACUCCCUCGCCUGAACAUAAUUAAGCUGUAAAUCUCCCAUGUAAUACUCUUCAUUUCACACCUAUACUUAGCCAGAUUUAUGCCUUCCUGCUUCUGAAGCAGCACAUAAUUAAUAGUUAUGAUAGGCAUGGAAACUUACAAUUAAAAUACUAUGUAGGUUAGUGCAGCAAACAUGCUCUUAUUAUCAGAUUAUGGAGCUGUCAGCCUCUAAGUGAAAAUUACAUUACAAUUAAACCUCCAGAGGCACUUUUUUAGAACAAUUUUCUUACAUGUAAAGAUAUUUUUCUUUAUUUAUGCCACAGAAUUUCCAAACAUUAUGGAAACAUUGAAACCAUUAUUGCUGCAGAAGGAGGUGGAGAUGUGGCUUUUUCUUCAAUUUUGGCCUGAUACAUAUUGGCAGAGCUACCUACCAUGUGAUAAAGAGUAUCCCUCUGUCUCCUCACUCUGUAUGGCCAAUUUUUAUGGAAGACAACAACAAAAAAUCAAAAAGUAGUUGAAUGGAAAAGACGAAAAUAGCAAGAAUCAAAAAACAAACAUAAGUUCAUGAGUAUUUGUUUUAGAUUGCAAAUAUUUUAACAUUAAAUAGAGUGCAAAGAUGUCUUUCCAUGUCAAUCACAAAGUUAUAUCACAUAGCAGAAGCUCUGUUAUCGUCUCUCCAAGAUGUUAUCAGAGCUUUGUGAAACAUCCUGUAUUAAUUAUAUUAAAAAGAAGUAAUCUUCCUCUCGCUUCAUUAACGGCUUUGUUUAUCAAACAUACUGUGUAAAAAGUGACAAUGUGCUAACAUUUCCUCUUUUGUAUGUUUGUCUCCCAUGCUGUUGUUUGCUUGUGUGUGAAUGUGUGUAUGUUUACCCACGCCUGCCUGGUAUGUGUGUGUGUGUUUUUGUUUGUCCGUAUUAGAGUCGUCAGCUGGAGUCAGAGACGGGGACGACAGAAGAGCACAGCCUGAACAAGGAGGCCAGAAAAUGGGCGACUAGAGUAGCACGGGAACACAAGAAUAUCAUACAUUACAAGAGAGUAAGACAGACACAUGCAUGCAUUUGUCGCUUGCGGUGACCUAGUUUGGAAAUAUGGUGUGUAGGUUAAGUUCGCAACACUUAUCUUGUCUUUGUUUUCAGUGUCUGGAGGAGUGUGAGAGCCACGGUCUGCCCCCCACAGAGCAGGGCAGGCUAGAUCUUGAACUGAAGAUAGAAGACACCAAAGAAAAUAUGAGGAAAGCUGAGGUUUGUGUUCAAAAGGGAUUACUGAUUGACAAGUUUGCAUGUUCUCUCGAAGUUUGAGUAGGUUUGUUGUUCAUGCUUCUUUUCCCUCACAAAUUCCCUCAAUCAUGUCAACAGAUUUUCUUUUUUUUUACUGUAACGAUGCAACCCCGGCCUUUAGGCUCUAACCUUCAUUUUUGGGAUUAUUGAGAAGCAAAAAUGUUGGUGGGUUCUGUCUUCAGAAAUUAAAAUGAUAAAUGAUAAUUUUCCAGCAAACACUUGGCAAAAAGGCAAGUUGUAUACAGCUCUAAACAUUUAGGGAGAGCAGCUUUAAGAUGAUGCUCCUGUUCUUCAAUAGCUAGAUUUUCUUUGAAGGUGAAGAAAAUUUUCUGUAUGGGUUAGCUUUGCUGGAAAUCUCCUAUCUAAUGAGUAAAAAGUGCAACCCUCAUCUGUAUUAUUUUUGCCAAACAUGGGCGACAAAUACUGAAAAAAACUGAUUUGAGUGAUAGAAAGCACUUAAUUCUGAUUCCUCAGUUUUUCUUCUAUAUGUAUGACUAUAUGAGUAGUACGAGGGGAAUGGCCACUCAUUGCAAAUAGACAUACUGUACAUAUGUUCAGUAGAAAAGUGUGUCUUAAUAGUGAACAACUGUUGUUUUUCACUGGGAGUGAACUACUCACAGUAGUUUUGAUGUUGAAAUUCAUGGCAGCAUUAGUCAAGCAAACAAGCUCCCUGCGCCAGGAAAAACGUAAAAUGCUGAACCCAUCCCACACUUCCUCUUCCCAGCAGUGUUUGGGCUGACUGACUAAUUAUUUGGUAAAUAUUUAAAAAGCUAACAGCAGCCCCGGUGUGCAGUCUGCUUGUGUCCACUUAGGCUGGAGGUGCAAUGAAGAAACAUGGAUCAAUACUACUUUUCAUUCCCUCAUUUGACCAUUUUUAUCCCCCAACACUCACUGAUCCCCUGCUGUGCGUGGUUGAACAUUGGCAUAGAGAGAUGAAUAGGUGUAUUUAUCAAUAACUGUGACUCUCAUUUUUCUUAAAACUCUUGCUCUUUUGACUCUAUCUCUCCUCUUGUACUGCCUCUUCUCAUCCUCCAUCUUUUUCUUGUCCACACCUCUCAGCCCAUCUACUUUAACACAGAGCUAUCUAUCAUUCAUGUAUUGAUCCUCUCUGUCAUCAGCUGUCAUCUUACUCAACUUGAUCCUGUUGCUGCUCUUUCUCAAAAAUCUUUAUGCCAUCACUUUUUCAUGUUUGAGUUUAUUCUCCUUUGUAACUUUUCUGAUUCACUCUCUUCCUAACACCGCCUCUUUGCCUCCUAACCGCCUCUAUCACCAGGCUUUCUCAUAUUUGGCACCCUCUGCUGUCAGGUUUAGUCAAGAAUACAUUUCACUCAUGCUGUUUCCUCCUCAGUGAUAACAAUUUCACAGAUCUUUCUCAUCCACAGUCUAAUUUAACUUCUUUUAUCAGUAGACGUGCUAUUUUGGGCUACCAUACAACAUCACUUUCAUUCGCUCGUCGGCUCACAUUCUGUAAAAACACUUACGCUGCUUUUUCGUAGCAAAGCGUAGAACAUAUGACUCCAUCUCUUUCUCUCUGUUUCAGUCUUUCUCUUACCCUCUGUCCACUAUUCGUUUCGACUCCAGGCUAGCAUUACCUUGAGUAGGACGAUGAAUAUUUUAUGAGCUCAUUUGUAACAAAUGGCUUCAUCACAGAGCUCUUAUCACUGAAUUAUAAAGAGGGAGAAAGCAGGACAAAAGACAUUAUCCGUGUUUGACUACAGCAUUAUCUGGACAGUGAUAGCCAUGUUCCUUUAAUGCGGAGUCACAUCUGCAUCACGUCGUCAGCUUGCUGUCGACUUUUCAUCACCUUGUUUGCGAGGAUAAGACGGUGGGCCUAUAUUUAGAACAGAGAAUUGUUAGUUGAAGAAAAACAUAUCAACAUACAUUGAAAGAUGUUGUGUUAAAUGAGGCAUAUGCUGCUGAAGUACACAGGGGUGCUAAAAGCCAGAAAAGAUGAUUGAUCGCCUAGUAAGCCUUGCUGUCCAUCCUUGUUUACUGAUUUUUCAUAAAUUGCCUAAUUUGCUUGUGACAACAUCUUAAACGCUCUGAGUGCCAGCUGCAUUUCAAAAUCAAUGUUCGGUUUCGAUCCACUUCCUGUGCCAAAAAUGUGCCCGCCAUUUACUGCAGGCCAAUCCGUGUGUAAGCUUCUGUUUUUUUGGGGGGAUGUAGUUUAAUUCACCCCAACAGCUCAUUUUAUAUUCAUACUGAGUAAGAGUAAAGUCAGCAGGUUCUUGUCUUUUCCCACAAUCCUCCACCUUAGUGUUUUAUGGGAACAAGGUGCAGUGAGUGUAAAUAAAGUGCAUCCAGUCUUGUACGACUUUUAAGAACUUUCAGACCUGUUUAUGAGCCACACAAAGAUUUACUAAGAGCUUUAUGGAUCCUUUUAGAAAGAAUUAGUAAAAGCAGAAAGACUUUUGAAUAAAUGCAAAUAGUAGUAGUCGUUUUAAGUGGAUGGUUAAUGGGGAGUGGUGUUUGUUUUUUUGUAAAUGGUCAAAGAAAACUUAAACAGAGGCACAAACCUGAAAGUUAAGAUUCCUUUUACUUUCAUUUUGACCAAGUGAAGGAGAAAACUCCAAAUCUAAACAAUUACAAACUGAAUUUUUGCCGCCUUUAAAUCUGUUUGAAGUCAUCAGUUCUCACCUCAGUCUUCAUGCAUCUCUUUUAUCUUGUGUCAUUAACACCUGAGGACAGCCUUGUUAUUUUCCUGAACACAUUAUACUGCUCUGGUCUCCUUGAGUGCUUGAAAAACUGUAUCCUAGACAUUUAAAGCAACUUGGCGUGACCCUAAAAUUCCUAGACUAGUUAUUAAAACAUAUCAGCAUGAUUGACUGAAAUUUAAAUUUCAUACCGCAUAAAACAUUAAUCUAUAAAUGUAAUAUGAUGACACUGGGCUGUGAACUAGCCCUGAAGGCACUACUGGAGCGUUUGAUAUGAUAGAGCAACAUGUUCAGAAACAUGUUUACAGACAUCAGCAAAAUACAAACCUAAGCAGAUAAAUAAAAACAAAAUUAAGCUUUUUUAUCAAAUCAUCUUGUAACAGUCAGGACUAGACAAUUUAUGUAAAAGACUGCUCAAUUUAGAAGUGGCCCUGAAACAAGAUGUGCUUGAUUUAACUGUCAAUCAAAUCUAGAGUGAGACAUGGAUAAAUUGAAACAAGAGACCAUCAUAAAGUUAGUAAAAAAAACUCCCUCAGACUGAUAAAACUUGAAGCUUCUCUCUCAGAAAGAUGAUUUAAUGUGCUUUAUAUGAAACACCUCCCCAAACAGCAUCAAAACCCUGUCUGAAUAACUCUACUCUGACACAGUUAUCAGCCUCCUUUCUGCUGCUGUUCUCUUGUUAAAGGAUGAGAAAGGGUCAACAGUGGAGGCUUCCUCCAUACUAAUGAGCUGUUGAAGGCUGUUCCUGCAGAAAAACUGGCCUCAUUAACACCAUGCAUCAAAAUCCUGCAGACGGGAGAGGCAUCAACAUAGGGACAAGAUUGUGCUUUUGGACAUUUUCUACUACAAACAAACAAAGAAAGAAAAGAAAAGUGAUGAACAAAAUACCUUCUGAUAAGUCACUAUUGUAAUUGUGUUUCAAUAUUAUAACCAAGGGGAAAUAUGAAGCACAUUUUGAGUUAUUAAAGCACAGUUCACAGUUACUCUAUUGGCUGAAACUUUGAACAAACUGCAGAAGCAAACUGGUCUGUAUUGAUAAUCAUUGACUUUAAUAAUUUCCGUCCUUGUAGAUUUGUGUCUUGUCUUUUCCAAUCAUUCAUCAUUGCUUUCCGGGACAAGAUAAACUGUUACCUUUCAGAGUCUGGUAAUGCUGUGAAUUUUUUUUUAAAGCUGGCACUUUCCCCCCUUUUAUUCAGCUGUUUCGCUCCAGCGGAGUCUUGGGUAUAAAAAACAAAAAGUGCCCACAGGAGUGAAUAUUUGAGAGUAUUCGCCCUGCAGCAUUUCACUACCUGUCUGUCUAUACAUCUGUUUUUCUGUUUGUGAAACUGUAGCGUGUGCUGCUGCAUAAACAGGUGACUGUGUACUGGCCUGUGUUUUAUAGUCGGUCUCCUGUUCUUCAGUUUCAAACAAACAGCAUUAGUUUGGUGCUUUUAAACUCAAGGAAUAAAAAUGGAGGCACUUAAAGAGCCUUUAUUGAUCAGGGCUGGGAGGUUUGCCUUGACGCUACAUGUUUGUCAGUCUUCACGUCUUGGUGGGAUGGAGCUAUUCUCUAUCAAUCUUGCUUUGUCAGCAUCAGUAAGACAGGAAAAGGGAGGGUGGUGAGAGGGGGAUUGAUAAAAUUGGUGAAAGACAGCAGGAAAAAAGAGGAGGGUUCAGUGAUGAAAGAGAGUUGAAGAGGCAAGACGGAUUUAGAGCCAAUUACAGGAAUUUCCCACUGGUGGUUACUGCCUGAUCAUCAUAUCGUCUCAUUAGGAGAGAACGUAGCAGGUCCAGUUUUUAGCUUCUUUAGAGUACAGCAAGUUUUACUCAUUCACUAUUUGAAACUUCGCUGAAUCUAUUUUAAUGCAGCUAAAAGGUAAUGAAAGAAUGUGUAUUGUUUUACUGAAAGGGUUUAUUUCUAUUAUGUGCAGUUGACUAGCUUUUGCUACAGAAAAGUUUUCAACCCUAACUCAACAUAUAACACCAAGCAUGAAACUUUUGCAAACUGUAUUCACUGCAAUCAUUGUUGUAACCUUAAAAAAGGCUUCUCAAGACCAUCUUUAUCUUUGAUGUAAGGGCCCUAUAUGGUACUUUCUGACCUCAAGAGGUACUUUUAGGCUUUCUUCUCUAAAAUGGCAAAACAAAUGUGAGAGGUUUGCCUCUGUUUAAAAUCACACCAAGUGAAAUCAGAAUUGUGUCUUUUUGAUACUUAUGAGAAGGAAUCUGUGUAUAAUGUGGUUAUUUCUGACACUCUCAAACCCCCUCUUUCUCCAAAGACAAUAAAGUUAAAAGCUGAGGCUCGGUUGGACCUUCUGCGGCAGGUGGGAGUUGCCGUGGAUACCUGGCUGAAGAGUGCCAUGAACCAGGUGUGUUUCAUCACUGAAUACACUUUCUGCCUCAGUCUGUGUGUGUAUCUAUCCUGAAUGUGUGUCCCAUAAAUGCAACCUUUGAAGUGUGUGUUUAAUCACAUUCAAGCGCAUGAAUUUCAUUUUGUACUGAGUGUGUCUGUUUGCAACGUGUGUUUAAAACCCCUCACUCUCUUUGUGAAUGCUGUAGGUGAUGGAAGAGCUGGAGAAUGAACGUUGGGCCAGUUACACUUCCCAUGAUCCCUCACUGUCGGUGAGACACUUACCCUCACUGUGCAUGUGUUUCCACCUUCUCGCCAAGACAUCCUGAAGUGCUCUGCUUUCACAAAAACAGAAAUCAAGACAGACAGCAAAACUUUAAAAUGUUGAGAAUAAAGUCAAAAUCUCUUUAGAAAAGAGUUGAAAUUGGUAAUUGAAAGUAAAUAAAUAAAUAAAUGUAGAGAAAAACUCAGAAUACAUUUUUGAGGCCAUUUAGGCAUAAAACUUCAUCUGCGUCAAAGCAACUAUUACCUAUCAUGUUUUAAGUUUUUGCUGUAGAUUAAUACUGCUAAUCUGCAAUCAUGCUGCUUUCUGGUAACUCAUACACCAAUGUGCAUAACAUAUGAAGUUGUAAAUAAUAGUUACAACAUAGACAUUGAAACAUAACAUCACAAAAAGCCACAGUAAGACACACAGUUAAAGUGUCACUGAGCACAGAUCACAUACAGUCUGUGGACAGGUCUUCUCUCCUUGAUUAGAUUAACUGCAAUGUCUGUCUCAGGAUUUCAGUUUUAACAGUAUUUUUGGCUAUUCUUUUUGGCUAUAUUUUAACUUUAUUCUCAUCAUUCCAACUUUUUCUCGAGAUGAAUUAUUAAAUAAACUCCUCCUUUGUUAUUUCUAUCUGGCCCCACUAUGCUUAUACAAAUUUACAACAUGCAGUCUUGGCUGGAACGUGCAAAACUCACACCCACCAACUGUGUUUUAACUUUUCACUUCACUACAGUCACAGCUGGUUUGUUUUGCAUGCAUGGUGGUUUUUUUUUCUAAUGAAACCCCUCAGAGCACUAAAAUGUGUCACUGUGUUUUAAUGAUCCACAGUAGACAAGCUCAUCUGUCUCACAAUUCAGCACAUGGAAGAAUAUUCAACUGAGCUCUUCGGCUCUGGCUCAUAUUCAUAGACCUUUCAUUCUGUAUGAUAUCAUUAUAAGUGAAAACCACCCAGCUUGAACACACUUGUCCUGAAAAAUCACCUUCUGAAUGAUGUAAAUGGCAAAAUAAUUGACCUCAGCCCUGCUGCCUAAUCAUCUAUAUCGUCGGUUAAAGUCUCCUAAAACGCCUCACUUCUCAGCUGGAAUACUGAUGUAGUCUAUGAAGAUUCACAGUUUUUAUUUUAAUUUAACAGGUAAGAUAGACUGAAUGAAGAUCUGACGCCUGGUGACACCUUGAGCUAAUUAUAAAGUAAUGUUUAUGGUUAGGUAGAGGGCAGACCAGAGGAAAUAUCACAUCUCUUUGCCUUCAGUAUAGACUGUAGUCAACCAUCAUUUUUCCUUUUGAACAUAGCACACGACCUACGCUGUACAGACUGAUAUUUUGAUGACAGAACUCAACGAUGUUUUUCUAACUUUAAGUUUGCAACAGUCAUACCUUAGCUCAACUUCACACAAAGAUGAGAAACAGCAAAAACAAAACAAAACAAAAAUCAACUACCACUACCUUCAAACACACUCAGAAUGCAGCACCAAACGGGACUUUGUGAGGUGACAUAUUUGUGUCAACAGGACUAAACAUAGUCAGUCUGCUACUUUGGUUGCACUUAACACUCCGCUCACAUGAUAACGCAGCUUGUAGCUAACUCUGUAGAGAUACUCAGCGUGACAGAGGGUGACGGGAAGCCUGCAGAAUGGGGGAAGAGUGCCUCUAGGAAUGACAGAUGCAGAAGUGGAGGGAUGGUUGAAUGAAAGAGCUGUGCAGAGAAUGAGGGGGGUGAACAGAGAACAUUUUUACAGACUGAGACAAGAGAGACAGCAUCAGCUUCGGAAAGUAAGGUGAGGACCGGGUAGCAUUAAGGUGCUAAUGUCGAAGCCAAUAUAAAAUCAGAGACGAGAGAGAUAGAGUGUGAAAAACUGCAGAGAAUAAUGACGUUGCGAAGUACGCACCUCAUGUCUCUGAUGCAUCAAAAGUCUAGAUGGACUAACUGGGGACUUACAAUGCUGAAAACCUCUCUUUUCAAUCGCCAAUGCAUUUAUAUUUCUUACAGCUAUAUUUUCACAUUUUGAUUUGUGCAUGGGAUUCUCAUCAGUCUUUAUACUUGUGCCAUAUUUGUGAGAUAAAUCAGACUCUUUGAAGACUCAUGCCUCUGGUCUAGGUGUCAUUAAAAAGAACAGACCUGAAGGCAUGUUAAAUACCUCUAACAGCAGUUCACCAUCCUCUGAUUUCAUCUGAGGUGUACUGAAGCAUUAACAGCCUGAACAGUCAGAGAAAGGGGGAUUGAAACAAAGGUGCAACAAAGGAAAAAAGAAGAAUGGGGUAUGAGGGGUUGUCAACUGCAGUUUUCUGAUUAGCAGCAGUAGCAGAAGAGGGGAUUGAUGGUCAGAGACAAAGUUAAGAAAGGAUGGAUGACUUCGGGCACCUCCCUCGGCCCCCUUCUCUGUUACACUCCACUUUAUUGUUAUGACCCUCAAAUUUUGAGCCAAGAACCCUCAAGUCUGUCAGGCAGCCGCUGCCUUCAUUACAAUAUCACUUUCACAGUUAUUACCUCCAGGAGCAAUAAAAUCAGCCAUCGGUCUGCACAGUCAGUACACACACUUUGGUGAUUUUUUUUAUUGGGUUUAUACUGAAGUACAUGCUGGUCUUUUUACUUCAGGAAUAGGCCCAGAGGCAUUGAUGCAUUUCUUUAAAUCAAUGAAGUAAAGUGGAUCAGAGUGACGUUGAACAUAAACCUCAAAGGGGGUAUCAAACUCUGUCAAAGAUGUCACUUUUCUCUCUGCAUUGCUGUGUCUGUACCACUCCCUGUUCACAACGUGUCAGUGCAGAAGUGAUACAGCAGAAAAGAUAUCUGAGGUGUUCGCAACAUCGAGCCAAAACUGUUUCCUUCAGGCUUCAGUAUAUGUAACUCAAGUAAAUUCCCUAAGAGCUCCUAUAAUAGAACUCUUAGAAGUGCUGUAAGUAGUACUAAACAAAACCAAAUCAGCCAUAGAUCUGCACUUGGGCACAGAUUAGAAUUUCCAGUACCUGGAUUUAGGACCAAUUACCUGUGGCUUUGCAUGCGAACAGGCUGAACCAAGAGGGCAUAUGAGCAUUCACACAAAAUUAUAGAACAGUUUUCAGAAGAAAAAGCACCGCUAUGUAUCAGCUGUGGGCUCUUUAGUAACACUCUGCAGUGUGGAGCUGUUUUACACCAGAGCUAACCUUUAGACCACACCUUAUUCCUCUGGGGAAUCACUUUUUUAUGUCUAAGAGAACAACCUGUGAUAUCAUCUCACACAAGACACACCUGCUUUGCUCUACACUGGUGUAGAGUUUACUGUGACAACAGAAAUCUGAUGACUAAACACAAUGGCCAGGAAUGAAUAAACACACACACUCUCACACAUACACACUUUUGUUGUGGCCAGCUCUGCUUGCUCUGCGUGAUGGAUUUUUCUACCAGCUCCUGAUCACAUGACCUUCAUACAGGCUAGUGAAACGCUAAUGGGACAAAAGAGGGAGGGGCUGGAUCAUAUGAAACUUUAGUCCUCUACACCUGUCUCCAAAAAAGUGUUGCACCCACACAGAGCAGGAGACAGAAACUGAUAGCAAAGAGAGGUAAGCAUAUUCAUGGGUUUAAUUGUGCCUUUAGCAGUGGAGGGAAUGGUCGGUUUAAUGGACGGCGACUUGUGAUUAAAUGUUCAUGCGGCGGUGUACGAAAGGUUGUGGAUAAUAACACAGCAAACAUCAAACCUGAACAACAAGGUUAAUAGCGAGCUGUGGCCGACAUCUUGUUUUUUUUCAAACUGAAGUAAAGGAGUGUUUUUCCACUGCUGUGCUUUAGAAAUGGGGUGACAAAACAAAUCAAAUAUUUGACUUAACCUGCUUGUGUUCAUGUUCCAGGGCACAGUGGACUUGGAGCGUGAGGAGGGCGAAGAGUGUGAGGAGAACAUGGAGGUUUUUGACGACAGCAGCUCCAGUCCUUCAGGAACGCUUCGAAACUACCCGCUGACCUGCAAAGUUCUCUACUCCUACAAGGUAUUAACAAAGACACAAACACACCUACAAGUUUUAAUCUCUGCAGUGACCUGCACGUAUCAAAUGUCUGAAAGUACCCUCUAAACAACAACACACAGUAUCACACACAGUCACAAAAAUUUGUGUAUGUGCUGAGACAUGACAAACGUGUCUUACUGUUUAGUAAAAUCUAUCCAGAAGGAGAUUAAUGAGAUCUAUGUCUACAGCAAGGACGCUAUCAGAGCGACCAAAAGAAACAUGAUUUCUAUAAAAUGUUAUCGCUUUAUACACAAUUUUGAGAGGAAACACGUUUUGUUUUUCUGCCCCUCUCACUGUUGCUGUGUCUCACCUGCAGGCCUCUCAGCCAGAUGAGUUAACAAUUGAUGAGAAGGAGAUGUUGGAGGUCAUUGAAGAUGGCGAUAUGGAGGACUGGGUCAAGGUACACACACACACACACACACACAUUUUUCUUUUACCUAUGCAGUUACAGCAGAAGAAUAAUCAAAGAGCUCUAACGUUAAUGUUAUAUCUUUAUGUUCUCAUGUUUUUUCCUUACAUCUACUAUGUUUGCACCGGUGAAAAUUUUGGCAGCUGUUUUAUGUUCAAGCUCUUAGGCCAUUGUGGUAUUAUUUAUUUUCUUUAGCUUCUUCUUUUUUUUUGUGUGGCGGGGAUUGAGGGUGGUCUGGGCUCAGCCCCUGAUGUCCAAAUCCAAGAAAUACCCCUGGAUAGGCACAUCGGACAGACACUGCAGUGCAGCUGCUUCCUUAUCUUUGGAGAUUCAGAGUUGAUCAUUACAACCAAACACCUUACUGAAUAGGAUUUCAUAUGCAUCUCCUAGGGCUGUAAAGUCCUAGUCGACUGGUCAACUUUUUGGUUGAUUCAUGCUUAGUCAAAAUUCUGAUUGGUCGACUUUUUUUCCGCGUCAGUUUACAGUCUAUGGUUAAUUCCAUCAGGACGAACGUACCAAGUGCUGAUGGGGGUGUUUUCAGAGCACCCCAGUUUCGCAAGUAACAGCCUGUCUCAGAACACCCCCCUUGUUUUAUUUUGAGUGUUUUAACUUUCAUUUGAGUCCUCCUUUUCCAUCUAUGUCAAAGACACCAAGAAUUUCUUUGGUUGAUUACAGUCCCAGUAUCUCCAAGCUAAGACAAAUCAACAUUUUGACACAGAGCUGUAAUGGUACCUGCAGCACUGUUUGUCGUCAGCUUCUGGAUAACGAAAACAAAAAAUGAAUUUGUAGUAGUUUUUAUUUUCAGGGUUGUACUUUAAGGCCAUUAUCAACCAAACCACACUUUGGUUUACAUCCCGGCUUUUUGAUUGCACUUCAUUGCAUGCUUGUGUGUGUGUGUGUUGUAUUCUCUCCAGGCUCGCAAUAAGACAGGUCAGGUGGGUUACGUCCCAGAGAAAUACCUGCAGUUCCCCACCUCCAACAGUCUGCUGAGCAUGCUCCAGUCUCUGGCCACACUUGAUGCUCGAUCACACACGUCGUCGAACUCCACCGAGCCGGAGCUGCACUCCAACUGCGUCAAUGGAGACACAAGCGGUGAGUGUGCUGUAAACCAGGCAAGUGGCAAAUUGUUCUCUGAAAUAAUUUAGCAGAGUUUCGGUAAAACAAGUUAAUUCCACUUGUACUAUGUAAAUGAGUUUUUUCUCCCCUUAAUGAGGUUUUUAUGUGCCUCUGAUUAAAAGAUUUCCCUCUUCACUGCUCCACUGGAGAUGCUCAACGCUUAUUUUGCAAAAAUGAGUGAUAUUAAAAUAAGUAGGUAUGAGUUUUCUGCCUCAGAGAAACAGAAGAGAAGCAGCUGUAUUAAAUGAUGUCAAAAAAAGAAGAAACUACAUGGAUUUGGACUGUGUCAAACUUGAUUUGUGCUUCCUCUUUACUAAUAUCUGCAACACUAUAGGUUGACUAGAUAGUUUGUUUUCCUCGCUUUUAUUUUUUUCUUCCUAAUCUUUUCUUCUGUGCUUCUUUCUUCCUUUUCUCUCCUAUUACUCUUUUCCUCCUCUUCUCUCUCUAAUGAUUUGAGUCUGCUCUACCUGAACACUCGGACAGACACAUGAGGAAACUCCUGCACCUAAUUAUUGCUGCAGUUUCUGUCUUCUCCAUAUCUCUCUCUCUCCAGCCGUGAAUGUUAUUCUCUCUACGACAGUGAGGGCCAGGCUGAUAGGAACCACAUUUCCCGGGGAUUAAUUAUGCCCAUAGUGUAUCUCAUUGCUUUCUCCCUCUCUCCCUCCCUUUAGCCAUGUACGUCCGUGCACUUUAUGACUAUGAGGGCCAGGCGGACGAGGAACUCUCCUUUGCCGAGGGAGCGGUGAUCCGCCUUCUAAGCCGAGACACUCAGACAGAUGACGGCUUCUGGGAAGGGGAGCUCAACGGGCGGGUGGGCGUCUUCCCGUCUGUGCUGGUGGAAGAUUUCACCGAAAACGGGGAGACCAGUGGAGGAGGGUCAGGUGACAUUCAGGUAUGUGGAUGUAAACAAAAUGUACACAGAAAAGCAGGUUCAAGAUGAAACCUAGACAUUUACUGAAUCACUCUAGAUGAAAUGAAAACUUAUCAGUCUUCCCUCCGGGUGCAAAUAGAGUCUAGUCUACAGUGCCACCAGCCCCCCUCACUCCCCGCCCUUCCUGGCUGUACAGUAGAUCUAUCAGCAGGGCAGAGUUCACAAACAGGAGGUCAGAGCUGCCAUGUUGCUGCAGGGCUCUGAUAAACCCUGCGCCGCAAUCACAGAAAGAGCUCUUAUCUUUGGCACAGUGCUGCCCUAUUAGUGGUUCAGCAACAGGAAGGAUACAGCCUCUCCCUUCCUACAUUCCAGCAGACAUAACACAAAACACCACAACAAUUUUAUAGCAUCUUUAAAGGGGAAGUUUGGUUAAAACAAAAAACAAACAAAAAACUGUGUACCCCUGGUUGCUGCCAGUUCUGUGCUUUGAUGGGUCUCACCUUGAGCUUGGACAAGCUUUUCCCUGUUGUGUAUUGUUCCAGCAAAGACUGGAAUCCCAAAGCUGCCAUAACAGUUAUAUUGGCACUGACAGGAUAUAAAAAGAAUGAUUUAAAAAAGGAUCGCUUUAUUGUUUUAAAAAACUCAAUGUACACUUUGGGUUCAGCACGAAACAACUCAGUGGUGAACAAACUGAGGAGUUAAAGGUGUGGUAGGCAGGAAUCUGUUAAAGAAGCAUCUCUUUUUGUGGUGUAUAUACAAAAAAGCUUUUAGUAUCAGUCAAUAUCUAUUAGUCAUUGAUGACAUUUGAUAAUAUAACGAUAUCACUGUGUUUCGUUAAGCCUGUGUAGUCAACAUUUUAAAUUUUUUGAGCGCUCCACUCUUUCUGACUGUAAACAAAGCCAUUCCCCGCCUCCUCCAACCUGAUUGGUUGUGAGGCAGAUGCUGUUCCCCCGUGUAGUUCAGGAGACAAAACAAAGUUAGCGUGCUACAGUAUACAGUACAGUUUAUCUGCAUUAUAUCUGAAUUUAAUUGAAACGAUAUGGGUGAGCAGGAGUGUCUGUUUGUGGGCGGAGCUUGCUAGAGCAGCGAGGGGAGAGGAGGAGCUGAGGGGAAAACUGGUUGGGAGGGGUAGAGUUUACAUUCAAGAUUUCUCCCAAAACCUGCAAUAACUCAGAUCCAGCCUACCCCACCUUUAAGUAACUAUAAAACCACAUAUUUUGCUUAGGUGGUUGCGACCAAAGACAGAGCUAACACAGUGACUGUUGGACUAAGGUUCAUUAUUUGGAUUGUUAUAUAAUUCAGAUUUAGUGACAACAUUCUUUUGUGUCUGCUAGAUCUGUAAAUAGGCAGCUCAUUUGAACAUCUCAGUAUUGAUUCCAUCAUGUUAGUUGUACCAUGUUGUGUUAUAACUGCUGUUUUUUUGUUGAAGAAUCUCCUCAACUGUAAUUUUUCAGAAGCUUUUACUAUUUGAAUAGAUUUUAACUGCUGGUGUCCUGUUGUUGUUCUGUGUCUCUCUCCAUUUCUCCAGAUCUCUCCCUCUCUGAAGUUGCCAUCUUCCCUUCCACCUCUCCCGCUAUAUGACCAACCUCCCAUCAGCCCUUUCACCAGCCCCGAGACCUCCACCCCACCUCCUCUCCCACGCUCGCCCUCCACUGCACUCAACGGGGAGCAUAAGCCUCCACCACCUGCCUCAUCACACAAGGGACCGCUCUCCACCCACAGUAAGACGUGCACACACGGACACAGAGAGAGUUUAAGUGUAAUUGAGUUAAUUGAGAAGAGGUCAAUGUGGCUUUUCACUGUGAGUUUAUAGAAACCUCUUCCAAUCCCUUUCUCUCUCUCUCUCUCUCUCUCUUUCUUUCUCUGUAGAUCAAAGCUCUGGCAGGAGUCCAGUGUCUCCUGGAUUUCCUCAGCCUCUGAGAUUCACCCCUGAAGGAGGCCCGAGCAAACUACGACCUGUUAGUAUCAAAGUUAGAAUCAAGAAGUGUGUUUUGAUUGUUGGAUUCUACUUUUUUAAUGAUGAUGAAUUCUGGUCCAUGAAGAAAUGUUCUUCUUUGAGUUUUUUUUAAAUACAUGAUGUAGCGACUGCUUUCCUUCAACAAAAGGCCGCUGGGGUUCAGGUGCUCUUACAUCUGUGACUCGUUAAUUCAUUCAGUCGGCUCGAGUGUUAAAGGUGAUUUAUUGUCCAAAAAAGAAAGAAAACUUACAGUCUAAUUCUGAUCCAGGUCCAAACUUUUGUGUUCAAAUGAAAAGGUGAUAUAAUGAAACGAGGGUAGAAGGAUGAGUGAUUAACGGUCAACAGAAAUGAUCAGAGCUCACUAAAACCCAUUUUCUCUGACUACAGCAGUAUUUUUAAAUAACCUGCCAAAUUUCCCAAAACCACACCCCUCAGUGUCCAUCCCUGGAAGUGACGUACCCAGUAGAAAUCAUACACUCAACAAAUAUAUUUUGACUUCUAGAGUCAAGACCAAACUUUGAAUGGAGUUUCUUUGGUAAAAUAUUGAGAGUCGUUAUCUCACUUUCCAACAUGCAGCAGUUGAUUAUAUAAAUAACUUUUCAGGGAAUUAAUGACUGACUCAUUACAAGAUUAUUUAAAUUAAGUCUUUGUGUUUUGUCGUUGUGCCCUUCGGGAAGGGAAACCUUUUAAACAGAGGGAAACUUGUGCUUAUUUUGGGCUUUUUUUUAAUAAUGUAGCGAUAAAAGUCAAAAUCUAAGACCAGAAAAGCUUGGUCAGCAGACUGCUAUUGAAUUAGGUUAGCGAGAAUUUUAUUGAUCCUUUUGGGAAUUAAUAAAGUCCUAUCUAAUCUAAUUGUUAGCUGUUUAAGUAAGCUAAUAAUUUUACAGCAGUUAAAUGCAGUGAAACGCUGAGGCUGCAUUGCAAUUUUGGAUGAAAAGACAAAAUAAAAAGAACCAAAAUAAACAGAUCAAUUAAUAAGUAGCUGCGCAAAGUGUCACAGUUGAACCAUAUGAAACUUGUGGAUACCAGUGAAAAUAUUGUCUUAAUUCUAAAGAAGUCCUCAGGAGUAGAAAAAAAAACGUUCUUUGCAUAUCAGUGAUAAAAUUUGUGUCCCAAUUGUGUCACACCAAUUUGUGAUUUGUGUAACACAUUAUUACGCUGUCAAUCAUGAAAAGUAGGACACCUCUUUUAUUGCCUGAAUAAGAUUUUUUUCUCACUUUCUCUUUGUGCUCAAACUUUCAUGUACUUUAUUUUUUUAUUUUCCCCCACUGCAGGUGCGAGCCGCUCCUCCUCCACCCAAACAACACCCUCGCAGACAGCAGGAGAAGAGCGAUAAAACAGAGGAGGUGGAGAUCACACUGGUGUGA